AUGGCGCACGUGCAAAUGUGCACUUUCUAUAUAUUGCUACUGAUGCUGACCACAGCACAGGGGUGUAGUAUAUCUGGAAACGCGAUAACGGUCAGUGCUGGAACAUCAUGUACACUUACGACCAGCGUCACCGUUACCACAGUGCAAGUGGAUGGAACUAUGACAAUAUCUGGAAUGCAUACUAUCACGGCUGAUGAGAUUUAUGUCGGGUACACUGGCUGGAUCAACGCGGACGGGCAGGGGAGUGGCGCUCAGCAAGGCCCGGGAGCAGGGUCGUCCCAAGGCUCCGGAGGCGGGCACGGUGGACGUGGUGGUUCCGUGGCUGGAUCCUUCCUAAGUAGUUACGCCGAAUCCAAGACCUAUGGCAGUACGUUCGACCCCGGGGACGUCGGAAGUGGUGGCGGCGGAACCGGCGGUGGAAAUGGCGGCGGGUACGUCAAACUCGUUGGUAACACAAAAAUCGAGAUGGACGGUCUCAUAUCUGCCAAUGGGGAUGACGCCAGCAGCACAAACAGCGGUGGCGGAAGUGGAGGAAGCAUUCACAUUACGACAGCCUUUCUUCAGGGCAUAGGAACUAUCAGUGCACGUGGAGGCGCCGGGCUUGGAGACGGGGGUUCCGGAGGCGGCGGGCGUGUCCUGGUCAUCUCCGACAGCACAGUCUUUGCUGGUAUCAUAUUGGCGGAUGGAGGUUCAGUGGCUUCAAACAUUGCCAAACUUUCCAUCGGCUCCCUUACGGCGUCAUCGUAUUAUUCCAACUACUACGCAUCCUAUGGGAACAUCGAUACCCACUCCUCCAAGUCCUGGGUCGCCAGUUCUAAUACUGUGGGGCAGUACCUGGAGGUGACAUUAGCAAGUACUAGCGUUGUUUACUCCAUAGAAACCAGGGGCGAUUACGGAACCAAUAAGUGGGUCACUAAGUACAAACUUCAGUACUACGAUGACGACAUCAGCUCAUGGAAGGAGAUGUCCUACCCCUACCAAGGAAUUACUGGAAACACCAACAGGAAUUCAAUUGUUUCCCAGACGUUGACGGUACCAAUAGUUACAUCUAAGCUGAGGUUCUACCCGCAGACUUGGUACCGUGGUAUCGGAAUGUCAGUGCGCAUAUACGGCCAUCAACCAGAAUACAACUUGCCUCCAGAUUUCUGUACAAGCAACACCAAUGCUGGUGCAGGUGGGCCUGGUACAGUGUUUUCUGGACAGACAGGAAAUGGUAUUGCAAGGCUGACCAUAGACAAUAGAGGCAAGAACCCUAUGGUCAAGAUGGAUUCUAACUGCUUGGAGUUUGAUGUAGUCACAUCAGGGGCUGCUGCCUGGGUCACUGAUACAAGCGCAGAUCUGGACGAGAUUGUUUUGAGCAAUGGCGGUCACCUGGUACUAGAUGUGGAUAUGACCAUGGAGAUCACUGGAGAUGAUUAUGGUGUUGUUCAUUUAAAUGAAACAAGGACCUUGACACUGUCAGCGCCUCUGACAGCCAACAUGUACAUAUCAUCUGGAGCUACACUUAGGCUGCCAACUGGAAGUGCUGUAGAUAUCCCAAAGUGGGUAUUUGUCAGGGGUACUUUGCAGUAUGAUGCUUCAGCUGAACUUACAAUCAAAGGUAACUUCUCCUUGGAGAGCCAGAAUAUUGAUGUUAGUUUGCUCAAAAUCGACACGGAUGCAUCAAUGGUUGUGGUUGGCAACAGUGAUUUUCAGCUUGCUACAUCAAAAUUCCAGUCGUAUGGUAACUUCAGUGCUGGAAUCGUGAACAUGACUGGUUUAGAAGAGUUUUACGUUGGAACAGCAGGAAAUGCAACAUUUGAACCUGCAUCAUAUGACAUGUACUUAGGUAAAAAGAUUCAAGUGCUUGGUGAGUUAAAUUUGCUAAAGGCUCUCUCUAUACGACAAGUCUGUGAAGAGUUUACGAUUAAUGGUGGAAAGAUCACAUGGCCAAAUGGUACUAUUAUACUGGAAUGUGACGUGGUUACUAUCAAUGGAGAGUUUGAUGCCGGUACAAUAGAUUUCAGAAAUGGCGUUGGAUCCCUUGAAGUUGGAUCAUCGGGGAAAUUCUAUUUCACUGCUGAUGGACCUAUUUUGACAAAUGCUUUAGAAGUUGCUGGUGAAAUGUUUGUGCAAAAUAUAGCAGAAUUCAAAUCUUUUAACAGAACAGAUGAGAGAAUUGAGCUUGUGAUUAUACAGCCCACUGGAAAUAUCAAACUGAACAAGAACUCCAUUCCUAAGAUUGUCAGUGGAACCCAGGUGAGUACCAACUACAGUCUCCUGAGAGCCCGCUAUCUGUUUGUAAAUGGAACAAUGUCUGGGGAUAUUCUGGACAUGACUCCUGGUAUUGACACCUUGUGGGUGGGGUCUGCCGGUAAUAUGGAAUUCACACCAUCAGCUAGUGAUCUUUUGCUUUCUGAUGCUUUUAUCGAUGGAACUUUAACUUUGAAAUCACCAACAGUCAUAAGGGGAAUAACUGUGGCUAAUGCUCAUGAACUCUACAUCGGAGUAUCUGGUGUUUUCACUCUUGAUUCUACAGUUCAAUCUACAAAGUCAUGGACAGGGCCCUCAACACUGGCCUUCACUAACUUGUAUGUGAGUGGAAGGUUGUACGCUGGCCUAAUGAGGACGCAUGUGGACUCUGUGACCAGUGGCUGGGACUAUUUAUUAGUGGGAACUUCGGGAGAUAUGAAAUUUGAAUCCGACACGACAUCAGACUUUAUCUGCAACACAGUUGAAGAUAAUGGUAUUAUAGAUGUCUACAAUACCAUCCAAAUGGUCGGAAAGACAUCCAUGUCCUUAAAUUUGGUAAUUGGAAAUAGUGCCAGAUUUAAACUUGAUGCCGAUUUAUCACAUCCAAAUGGUCCAUUUAGCAGUGUGUCUAAUAUCUCUGCCAAUGUGUUGAGGACAAAAUCUGGCAGUAAUACCUAUCUUGGUGACACAAAUCUACAUGUAGUGUCUGUAGAGGUGGACGGCAAUCUGUAUUGCAUGCCGACCCAAUCUGUAGACGUGACCUAUCUGACAAUACAGUCCAAUGGUCAUGGAUUCUUCCCAACAGAUGUUGUGUUUAAUGGAAACACAAUGGACAUAGAAAGUGGAGGAAGAUUGGAAGUUGACUAUAAACUAGAACCAGAUGAUCCACUGGAGGGAAAUCCUAAUAGUAAUAUCAACUACCAGUCUGUUAUUGUUGACGGGACGUUACAGGCAGGAUCUCUUCAGGUUACUGGUACAAGCAUGAUGGUGUCAGGAACUGUGGAUGUGUCUGGAGGUGGAUACAAGUCACAGCAGGGGCCAGGUGCUGGAAAGACCUCAUCAAGCAGAGGAAGUGGAGGAAGCUAUGGUGGCAGGGGAGGUAAAUCCACACAUGCUUCUGCUUCUGAUUCCUACGGCACUAUCUAUACGACGGGUACCUGGGGAAGUGGUGGUGGAGACUCUGGCAGCUACAAGGGAGGGCGUGGAGGAGGACGACUGAUAGUCCAAUCUACACAGACGUUUACCAUGAAUAGUACUGGCUUGAUCAGCUCUAAUGGUGAUGACCGUUCGGGUAGCUACGGGGGUGGUGGCAGUGGUGGUUCCAUCUCCAUCACCUGUAAAACACUGGACAUGUAUGGACAAAUGACCGUCAAUGGUGGUGCUGGCCACACCAGUGGCAGUGGAGGUGGUGCUGGUGGCAGGGUGUAUGUUAAAUUCGAAGGUGGCGUGUAUACUAGUGGCCUAGUCACAGCUAAAGGUGGUGUUGGUUAUGAGCCUGGAGGUCCAGGAAUGAUAUAUUUCGAGGGAGACCAGUCUCGCAACCUCAGAGUGGACAAUAAAUGUCAAAAACCAACAGUAACAGAACCCACAGGCAACACCGCAGAGCAGUCUCACUUCAAUACAUACAUUAGCACAGGUGCCAUUGCAUUCCUGUACCCACCGACGGAUGACUUUGUCUAUGACUUCACAACUGUUGAGAUAUAUGGAGGUGCCCACCUUACAACCAUUGGUAACAGGACCACAAUCAAGGCAAUAAAAGUGGUCGGGGAUGACACAGGUCACUUACAUAUUCCUCCCACACACACCUUGGAACUUACUGAGACUACACAACAUCGCCGAGCGAAUGUUACAUAUCUACCAUUCUUGUACAAGAAUGCAACUUGGAUUCUCCCAGAUGCUACCGUGGAGUUCCGCGAGUCUCUUAAUGAAGUGUCCCAGGGUAUCAGUUCUUCAGCUUGUUCUUCUUCGUACCUCAAUAGUAACACUGUGAAGAUCUGGGGUACAGUUGUUGGAGACAAGGCCAACCUUUUAUUGGCAUCAGGAGUGACCCUGUCGUUUGAGGAUUCUGCAGAGCGUAAUUUGAAGUUUUCUAAUGUCACUCUACAAAAGAAUAGUGUUCUGGACCUUACGGAUACUACUGAUGAUGAAUAUGAUUCCUGGAACUUUGUGGUGGGUAGUAGACAAGGAAAUGUUGGUCAGUUCCUUGUCGAGGGCGAUGGUGUGGUCAAUGCCAAGAAUUUUUAUUUAGAGACAAACAUUUUGAAAGUUGACAAGAAUGGUUUGAUAUCUGCUGAGGGUUUAGGUCUGAGACAAGGAGAUGGAAUGGGAACCUCCCCUGCUGGAGGUGGCUAUGGUGGCCGAGGUGGAGCUGCAUCAACAACAGGAUACUAUCCUGGCGAGAUCUAUGGAUCCUAUUUGGAACCUAGGGCAUUUGGCAGUGGUUCUAAUGUAGCUUCAACUACCUAUGGCAGUGGUGGUGGGAUUCUGAACUUCGUGGUGACCAAAAGUACAUGGAUUGAGGGUAUAAUCCAGGCCAAUGGUAAAGUUGGCACAUCGUCUAUCCCAGGUGGUAGUGGGGGCAGUAUAAUGAUCAACACUGACCACCUAGAGGGCUCCGGGUCAAUUCAGGUGAAUGGAGCCAAUGGUGUGUCCUCUCGUGGAUCUGGUGGUGGAGGAAGGAUGGCUGUUUCUUACAAAAGGAAUCAGUUUUGGUAUGGUGAGUUCCAGGCUUAUGGUGGCACUGGAGGAGCUGGAAGUGGAGGAGCAGGGACAGUUUACCUUAAGGAUACACUGUUGAGCACUGGGAAUACCACUCUUUACAUUGACAACAAUGACAAUACACCUGCCACCUCUACUGUGACCUCUACCUACACAUCUGCUGUAUACAGUCGUGAUGCUGGACGUACCUGGCUCAACACCACUGAAAAGUUUGAUAGGAUGGCCCUCAUACGCAAUGCACACCUGGCCAUCCUCCCAGAAAUUAUCUAUCCAGUUGAAUUUUCUUCCCUCAAAUAUGUUGGAGACAAUACAGGAACUGUACACAUUGGACCAGACCAGGUACUUGUUGUUGAUCAUGCUAAUGAUGGGGAAUUCCUCGUCAAUGUUUACGUAUACGAGGGGGGCACCCUCAUUCUCCCACCAUCAUUCCAGUGUUAUGACAUCAACAUUGUUGUCUGGGGUAUACUUGGUGUUGAGGAUGUGACAGUCAGUAGCGGAUGUAAGCUGAAGCUUGGAGCUACAGGUACAACACGUACAGCCGUCACUCAGCCUGGAACCACAGGGGUGUAUACAUUUAAUUCCUUGACCGUGACAGCAUCUGGUGAGGUCACUGUAACUGAUGACCUCACUAACGACCAGAGUCAAUUUUUAUAUCAGGCUAGCAAGCUUUGGGUGAAAGGUGACGGCCUUCUACACGCUGUAAAAGUCAACAUUGAUGCCGACAUCAUGAUUGUGGAUGACCUUGGACAGGUCACAGGAGAUCUUCAUACAAAAAGUUGUACUGUAGGUCAAGGUUUUCAAGCAAGUGGAGGAUCAGGUGCUGGACAUGGAGGCACAGGAGGGCAUGGAAAGAACCAAGCUCGGGUCGGACAGUCCUAUGGAUCACUUUUUGAACCUACUGAUCUUGGUUGCCGUGGAGGAUCAGGAACAAGUGGCACCACAGGGGGACGAGGUGGUGGCUCUAUGUAUUUACGUGUGAACACCACCUUGCAGAAUGAUGGCACCAUCAGCUGUAAUGGAGAGACAGCCACCAGCUAUGCUGCAGGUGGUGGUAGUGGAGGUUCUCUUCAUAUCGAUGUCAACAACAUUAAGGGUUUUGGAAAGUUCCAAGUAAUAGGUGGGGAUGGUGAUGUAUACUCAUCCUACACAGGUGGAGGAGGAUCAGGUGGACGUAUUGCUGUAUACUUAGCCGAGAACAAGACAUUUAUGGGGAAUUUUGAUGCAUAUGGUGGUCUUGGUGGAAACAGUGUGGGAAAUGGUAGUCCAGGCACAAUCUUCUUCUUCCACACAGCUCACAAUCAUUCAACUUUGUUGCUGAAUAACAACAACAGAGGACCAUCCAAAAGUGACGUUAUUGAUAAUUAUAGUGACCUUAGUGAAGAUGAAGGUCGUGCUUGGUUUUUACCAGAGCAUGGAAAUCACAGAUUUGCUUCAAACUCUGCCUUCCACUUCAACGAGCUUCAGAUCUAUGGUAAAGCUCACCUUGCUAUCCUCACCAAUCCUGUCAACUCGGCAGCAACCAUCUACUUCGACAACAUGAUAGGUGACAGAACUGGUGUACUCCAUAUUGGUGACCAACAGGAAAUGGAUUUGGAAAGACAAAAAAUUGACCUUCCAUUUACUGCUCGUAUCUACAAUGGUGGCCAUCUUGGCCUGGCACCAGACACUCAUAUACAUGGGGUGGAUAUAUACAUGAAUGGAACCAUGUCUCAUGUCCAAAAUCUGACAAUCUAUCGAGACGGGAAGCUAUGGCUGUACAGAGAAGGCAGAACGACUGGAAGUGAUCCAAGCAAUUAUGAAUUCAAGUGGGUACAUGUGAAAGCAAAUGGGUUUAUUCACAUGAUCACUGACAUUGUUUACCAAGUUGGGAUCAACUUCACCACAAUCGACCUACAAAUUGAUGGAGGCGGACUUGUGAGAGGGACGGCUGUGUCCUACUAUUCAACAAACAUCACUGUCGAUGCUGGUGGAGUCUUAAGUGCAGAUGAACUUGGGUAUGAAAUGGCUAAUGGUUACAAGACUGACAAUUAUGGUGUGGACCGUACAGGAACCAAUGGUUUAAUCAAUCCAGGCCGAGGAAUCACUGAGUCGUAUAGGGGAAGUGGUGCAGGUCACGGAGGAAGUGGUGGGAGAUCUGAAGGUAAUUCCCAACAGAACUGGGGAGGUGAAGCCUAUGAUGAUGUUUAUGAACCAAGUCUGCCAGGAAGUUGUGGAGGAGGUGUACUUGGUGGUAGAGGGGGUGGGCGUCUUUGGUUCAAUGUCACAGAUACUCUCUGGAUUGAUGGCACAGUCUCCUCUAAUGGUGGAAGUGGUACAACAUCAGGCUCCUCAGUCAGUGGCGGGGGAAGUGGUGGCAGUAUCCUUAUCCAUACAUAUCGCAUUACAGGCUUCGGUAAUGUUGUAGCUGCUGGUGGCCAAGGCUCAACAUACUAUUAUUACACUGUUGGUUAUAGAACAGGUGGAGGAGGUGCUGGAGGUCGGAUAGCUAUGUAUUUCCACCUCAACUCAACCUACAAUGAAUUCCGCUUCUUAGCUAAUGGUGGUCUGGCAGGUCGAGUUUGUACAGACUGUGAAGCUGGAGGACCUGGUACAAUUUUUGUAUUUCACAAAGGCUAUGAACACAGAACUCUCAUUAUUGAUAAUAAUGGGGCUCCAAGGCCAUCAACAUUAACAGUGAAUUGGAACGAACCAACAAAAGAUGGUGGACGCGCCUGGAUUCUACCACUUUCUGGAGAUCAUGACUUCGCAGGAGGAACAUACAGAUAUACAUUUGAGGAGUUACAGAUUUAUGGCAAUGCUGAUUUGGCAUUUUAUCCGCCCCAAACAAAUCCUUCCUCUAUCGUCUUUGUUCCAGGCCUUGGAUCUGUAAACUUAAAUACCUACACCUCUGAUAAUUACAAUAUGACAGUGUUCUUUAAAUACAUGAUAGGAGACAGGACAGGAGCUGUACAUUUAGGCGGAGGUCAGGUAAUGGACCUGCAUAGAGAAGAGAUAGACCUACCCUUCAACUGUUACGUAUACAAUGGAGCCUAUCUUGGUCUAGCACCAAUGACUUAUGUUCAUGGAGUUGAAAUACAUCUAAGUGGCAUUCUUGCUAAUAUUGACAACAUUACAAUCCAUCAUGGUGGAUACCUAUGGCUGAAACAUGGUGGUAGAACGCUCAAUGCUUCUCAGAGUAAAUAUGAAUUCCAGUUUGUAAGAAUUCAAGACCUAGGAGUUUUGAAUGCUACUACAGAUCCGAUAACUGACCCUGGAAUAGAGUUUGACACCAGAGCUAUAAGUGUAGAGGGAGGUGGUCUCUUACAUGGAACAUACCUAACAUUUAACACAGAAAACAUCACUGUAGAUGGAGGAGGUAAAAUCUCGACCGAAGGACUAGGAUAUCACGGACAACAUUCACAGGCCAGUCAUGGUUCUCAAUCAUACGGUGGCAGGUUAGUGAAUGUAGGACGUCCACAAGGCAUAGGAGUGGGAGGUGGACACGGUGGCACCCCUGGUCAAGGCAGCAGGUCCGGACAAACUACAGGUACCCCCUAUGGAAGUAUGUAUGAACCAGAUGCCAUUGGAAGUUCCGGAGGACCCGGUCCCAGUGGUCAUCGGGGUGGUAUUGGAGGUGGUGUUAUUUGGAUGAAUGUGACAAAAAUGAUUGAUAUUGAUGGAGAGGUCACUGCUAAUGGUGCUGAUGCUGAUACAAAUGGUGGUGGAGGUGGUAGUGGCGGCAGUAUAUGGAUGUACUGUAAUAUCAUCAGAGGAUUUGGUAAAAUAAAAGCACAUGGAGGUCAAGGGUCACAAAAUACCAAUAACCCAGGUGGUGGUGGGGCUGGAGGUCGCAUAGCCAUCUACUUUAAAGUUAAUUAUACUAUGAUGAGCUUCAGCUAUGAAGCCCAUGGAGGCCCUGCUGGAAAUGAAGCUUACUCUCAGAAUGGAGGAGGUGGGACGGUCUUCAUUUACCAUAUGCUGGAGGACCAUAGAACUUUACUUAUAGACAAUGGUGGCCGGAAAUGUAAUAGUGACAAUGUCAUUGCAGAUUAUAGUGAUCUGACCACAGACUUCUGUCGAACUUGGAUCACACAGGAAUCUGGGAGCCAUUCAUUUGCCAAUACCAAUAAUGAAUAUCACUUUGAAGAGUUGCAAAUAUAUGGGGAUGCUCACCUGGCAUUUUUGACUGAUCCUGUCGGGGAGAAAGUAGAUGUGUUUUUCUUGUAUAUGAUAGGGGAUAGGACAGGAACAGUUCAUUUGGGUCAGAACCAGGAGAUGGACCUGUUGAGAUAUGAGAUAGAUCUACCCUUCAGUGCACGUGUAUACCCUGAAGCCUACCUUGGUCUGGGCAAUUUCACUAUCAUUCAUGAUGUUCAUAUAUGGCUGCAAGGAACGUUGGCCAACAUUGAGAAUGUUACCAUGCACCAACGAGGACAUUUAACAUUGAAGUAUGGUGGCCAUACAGAGCAUAAACCAUCAGAUGAGUAUGAGUUCCAGUUUGUGAGAAUCCAGGAUGAUUCUGUAAUAGAAUCAGUCAUGGACCCAGUUACUGAGCCCGGUAUCAUUCUCACUGUGCAUAAAAGUAUGUACAUUGAAGGUGGUGGUACAAUGGUGGGUACAAACAUCUCUAUAUUGGCCUAUAAUUUCACUAUUGAUGAUGGCGGUACCCUUCAUGCUGAUGGGCGUGGAUACAGACCAACAGAUGCCACAACACAAGUGUACAACAUUGGGAAGGGUGUGGCAAGUGGUAGCGGUGGUUCUGGUGGUGGUCAUGGUGGGACGUCGGGAUAUGGUGCUGGUACCGCCCUGACAGGACAGCCUUAUGGACAUCUGUACCAGCCCUAUGCCCUUGGCAGUGCUGGGGGUGGCAGCAGUGGAGGAGCAGGAGGAGGGCUUUUAUGGCUUAAUGUGACAAAUCGUAUUGAAGUGGAUGGAGAAAUGAGGGUAAACGGGGAAGCGGCAGGUCGAGUCCAGGACGGUGGUGGUGCAGGUGGUAGUAUCUGGAUGUAUUGUUAUUUGUUCCGAGGUUUAGGAAACAUUACAGCCAAUGGAGGAGAUCCCUACCCAGUAAGUGGUACAGGUGGAGGAGGAUCUGGGGGUAGGAUUGCCAUCUACUUCACUGUCAAUGAUACAUAUCUAGGCUCCUAUAACAACCAUGGUGGUGAAGCACAGACGUCAAAUGCAAAUCACGGCGGUCCAGGAACGACACUUCUAUAUCAUCAGGUACAUGGACAUAUCACGUUGUAUGUCAACAAUGACAAACUGUCCAGCAGGAAAAGUGACUACAUCUCUGAUUACAAUGAUAUCAGUGAAGACAGCUGCAAAGCCUGGAUCAUGCCAAGUGCAGGAACACAUGCUCUAGCCUUUGGCAAUUUUGAUUAUCGUUUUGAUGAGCUCAACAUCUAUGGUUCAGCCAAUCUGGCUAUUCUACCUGAACCUGUUUCUAAUGGCGCUAAUCUUCACUUUAAAAACAUGAUUGGAGACAGAACUGGCACUGUUCAUGUUGGUCCAAGCCAGGUCAUGGAUCUGAAACGACAAUUUGUAGAUACACCUUUUAACUCUUAUGUCUAUGAAAAUGGGUAUCUAGGACUUGCCCCAGACACAAAUAUUGAACAUGUCUUUGUCCAUCUGGAAGGUACCAUGGAUCAUAUCAUCAAUCUGACAAUGAUUGGAGACGCGAAACUACUUCUUCAACUGACAGGCUCGACCAAUAGUAGAGCUGCUCGUCAGUAUCAUAUCAAUGGAACAACCAUCAUUAAGGCUAGGUCCCUCAUUAACUGCUCCAAUCCACGGGCUAGCAGUGAUCGGUAUGAUCUGGUGUUUAACUACCUCCAGGUAGAGGGAGGUGGGGACAUCAAGGGUAGCUAUAUGAAGAUCAAAGCUGAAGAUUUCUUAAUUGACGAUGGUGGAAAUGUUUCUGUCAGUAAUGGUGGCCACUCUCCUGAACAGGGAUCUGGUAAGGGUGAGACACACAGACUGGGAUCAAGUGGGGCAUCUCAUGGAGGUCUGGGAGGUCGCGGUGCCUGUGAUAAUUACCUAGCUUGCCGACUGAAGCGGAACAAUCCAUAUGGAAGUCUUUAUCAACCUCUAGAGUUUGGCAGUGGAGGAGCUGGUAGUAAUGGAGGGUCAGGUGGAGGUCGUUUGGAGAUCGAGGUGACUCAUACUCUGGCUGUAGAGGGAUACAUCAUGGCCAACAGUGAGGAUGUGUCAGGAAAUCCAUCGGACCUCUCCAGUGGAGGGAGUGGAGGCAGUAUUCUUAUAAACACUGUCAACUUCACAGGAAGUCACACAGGAAAGAUCAUGGCUAAAGGAGGCUUAGCUGAUAAGACCAAAGGUGGUGGUGGAUCAGGAGGAAGGAUAGCUCUGUAUCAUUCAUCAAGUUACAACAUGCCACCAUACCGUGGGUACUAUGAGGUUGAGGGUGGAGCUGGAAACUCAGCUACAGGGUCUGAAGCUGGGGCCUCGGGCACUGUCCUCAUUCAGAACACAACCUCUGGUCACACUACACUUCGAGUAAACAAUGCUGGGCAGGCACAAGUGCAAGAAGGCACCGAUAUCAAAAAUAAAGGUCAACGACUCGAUCUCAGUUAUUCUGGUACAUAUUCUAAGAGUUCUAGUUUCACGUCAGUCGGGGGCCACACAGUGUCCUCCUCCGCUUCGACAUUUAACCUUAAUCAGUAUUACUGGAGUUCCUAUGGAUCUUACUGUUACUUCUCCAAUGAUGCCACGUCGUACUCCCUGAUGAACUUGUUUGACCAGACACUGGCUAGUAGCCGAUAUCAGAGUUACCUGGCCCAAUCAGGUUCAUUCACAUUAACCAUCACUCUAAGCAGUGCCAAGUUUGUAAAUCACAUCAAAAUUUACCCCAGCAGCAGCUACCCAUCAAGCUUUAAGGUGACAGGUUUUGAUGCUGCUGGAACCUCGUUCCCAGUGACCUCCACCUUUGUAACUCUGAGAAGUCCUGUAAUACAAGGCUCCUACCUAGUUCUGCCGUUGAUGCAGACAGCCACUAAAUUUACAGUGGAAGCAACUGGCACCAACACUGGGCGAUGUAAUUCUUACGCUGGUAUGAGUGAGAUAGAGAUCUUUGUUGAUGGAGAACAGUUAACAGACAGAUAUGAUCACCUUGAUCUUAAUGGAGCAGCCACAUGGAUAUUCACCGACACUUAUCAGGGAACCAAUGGAAACUUCCUAUUUGACACGGUACAGCUUUUAGGCAAUGCUCAUUUAGCUUUCAUGCCUGAUCCAAUAACCUCAUCCAUUACUUUGGAUAUUGGAGAGUUUGAAGGCGAUAAAACAGGCUACAUCCAUGUUGGAUUCAACCAGGAAAUGUUCAUCAAUGUAUCGGAUUCAGAUAUACCAUUCAACACCCAUGUGUACGAGACUGGAUAUGCUUUGUUUCCUCCACGGGCAUUCUUCUACAAGACACACCUCCAUACGUCAGGGGAGGUACAUGGCAUGGAAGAUAUCUUCGUAUUUGAUGGCGGCUCUGUACGAGUUGACAGUAACGGCAGUAUUGGAGUGGCUACUCCUGCCCACAUAUCUGCCAAUACACUUCACGUACAGGACAAGGGUACAUUUGCCAUGCAGUCUUACAAUGAGUCCAACAUGUUCAACGUCUUCAUCACCAACGUCACAAUAUAUGGUGGUGGAGAAUUCAAUGCAAACACAGGAGUGAACUUCACCUCCUACCAUCUGUUGGCCAUCUACUCUGGUGGUCUGAUAGACUUGUCUGGAGCUGGACAGCGUAGCCCAGAAGGAGUAGGAGGAGGCACAGGUUCUGCAUCUGGUGGCAGUGGUGGUGGCCACGGUGGCAGUGGUGGCAGAGGUUCAUCCCAGAGUACUACUGGAUUAGGUCAUGACUCUAUCUACAGCCCCAACCAGUACGGCAGUGCUGGUGGCUCAGGAUAUUAUGGUGGUUCCCUCUACUUUGGGGAUGAAUCUUUGAGGAAUGAUAUUGUGACUGGAGAUGUUGGUGGAAGAGGUGGUGGACUUCUAUACAUAAAAAGUCGACAUGUUGAUAUUGAUGGUGAAAUACGCUCUAAUGGACAAGAAGCGCACAGUACCUUUGGAUUAGGAGCAGGUGGGGGUGCUGGAGGAAGUAUAUGGAUUGUUUGUGAUGAGAUUGUCGGUCAUGGUGUGAUGAAUGCCAAUGGAGGUAAUGGGUUGUCCUAUAACAGUAUCCACGGUGGUGGAGGUGGAGGAGGACGUAUCUCUGUCCAGAGUGGCAACAUCAUCAAAAUGAAUAUCACUACAAAAGCAUAUGGAGGCACUAGUUCGGCAGAAACAGGUGGUGCUGGAACCAUGUAUGUUGAGACAUUUGACAAAACUUAUGGAAACAUUACAAAUCGUGCCCUAUCUAUCGACAACAAUGGUCAUGCUUACCCUCGUGGUUAUCAGUUUAGUCAGGGUGACCGACGAAACUUAAACGAUGGUAAUUAUGCUGACCGUACAGAAGCCGGUGGCAUCACCUGGCUGUAUCAUGAUCUUGGGGACUAUGAGUUUGACACCAUGUCUCUCAGCGGAAAUGCCCAUGUUGCUAUUCAGUCUGUGCCACCAGCUACCGCAACCAUUGAUCUGAACAUCAUCAGCGGAGACAGGACUGCUGUUUUACAUUGCGGUGUUUAUCAGACCUGCAAAUUUUUGAAGUUGAAUGAAUAUUUACCAUUUAACCUCCAGGCAUAUAGACUGAGUGUUAUAGAAAUUCCGGAGAAGAUCACGGUCCGUGAAGUUUGGUCCGAAAUUAAUGGGACAGUUAAAGGUUUACAAGAUCUGGCAGUGGAAGACCGAGGAGAAGUCUACAUCUGGUCUUAUGUCAACACCGAAGGUUCACCUCUUGGAACAUUUGCUGUGACUAACAUCUCUGUACGUGCUGGCGGCAAGUUUGAGCCACUGACUACAAAUGAUACACAGAUCACUGUGGAGGCCAUUAGGGUCAUAGUCAACGGUAAAGGCUACAUCAGGACCAACAGUCUUCAAAUGAACGCUGUCAAUAUCACUGUUGAUCUAUCAGGUGACUUCCAUGCAGACUUUACUGGCUAUUCCUCCGGCCAGGGUCCAGGUGUUGGACGCUCGGCUACUAGCCAUAAAGGUGGAUCGGGUGGAGGUCACGGAGGCAGAGGUGGACGGUCAUUAUAUGGCUAUUUCUCAGGUGAAGCAUAUGAUUCCUUCAGGUUCCCCAUCGAUAUGGGCAGUGGAGGAGGUGAAGGGCUUACAGGAGACCAGGGAGGACGUGGGGGUGGUAUUAUACAUCUGAAUGUGUCCAACGAGCUUAGAGUUGAAGGCCGUCUUCAUUCCAAUGGAGAAGAAGGUGCUGGGUCUACAGCAGGAGGUGGUGCUGGUGGCUCCAUCUAUAUCAAUGUAGGCCACCUGGAUGGUGCAGGAAGUAUUGAGACCAUUGGUGGUUCAGGAGCCUCGACCCAGGGAGGAGGUGGAGCUGGGGGGAGAAUCGCCAUAGUUCAUAGUCAGGAGAAUCACUUUACUGGGGAAUACCUCAUCCACGGUGGUUAUGGCAAGGAACAGUAUGGAGGAUCUGGCACUGCCUACCUCCAGGAUAAUACCAACUCCACUCAAACUUAUCGUAAAUUCAUUGUCGACAACAACGGACACACAAGCAGUGAGAGGAUUUCGUCUGAGGUGUUGAGUAUGGUUUCCCCUCACAGUGGUACAAGCAGUAGUUACAGCACGUAUGGUGACAUUCUCGUGCAAUCUACUGGUGCUCCCUGCAACAGUACACACGCCCUGUCAGGAGUAACCAACACUGGUCAACCCUUCAUCAGCACAGACAAGACAAUUAAUGUAACGUUCACCCUGCCAGAUGACCUGUAUAUAGAAAAAGUCAGAGUCUACCCUUUCUGUGAUGAUUCAUUUGGAAGGUACCGUAGUGAUUUCUGGGUACUGAGUGAGCAAGGAGGUGUAGAGGUGGACCAUACUGGAGGCUAUCUUAGCAGUGAGGGAUGUCAGUAUCCAGAUACACCUCAAAUAUACAGUGAAGUGGACAUCAGGAGAAACAUUCACAAGAUAACAAUCAGAUUACGAAGUACAGAUCAGCAAGCCUCCCUAGCUGAAGUAGAGCUUGUUGUGAUUGAAGAUCCUGCUGCUAACACUCAGUCCCCAUACUCCCGAUACCAGGGAACUGCCUAUAUACUUCAUGAAACAGACAACCUGGCUGUUUAUGAAUUUGAGGAGAUCCAUAUUCAGGGAGGUGGUAGCCUGGCUAUGUCUGGUAAUGAUGCACACUUAAAGGUUCAUCAAGUCAGUGGGGACAACACAGGACAGGUCCAGGUCAAACAGAACCAGACAAUGACCACAACACCAGACAGGGCUCUGAUGCAGUUUAGUGUUAACACUGAACGCAGCUCUCACCUCACACUUCCACCCACCAUUGACUGUAGAGAUAUUGACUUUUACAUCAGAGGUCACUUUGAUGUGAUGGAUAAUGUGACAUUGAAUUCCGGCUGUAGAAUGUAUCUUGACCACUUUGAGGAGACAGUGAACCAGAUAGAAAAUUUGGACAUUAAGACGUUCGGGGAAUUGUAUGUUUUUACUGACAAGGAAGCACUGACUACACUGAAGGGGAUCUCCCUCACAGUCAGGAGUGGAGCUAAGCUGGAUUCCAAUGAUUUGGCAUUGUGGUAUACUAACAUCACAGUGGAACCAUAUGGAGAACUAACUGUAGCUGAAGCGGUACCGAAACAAGAACGCAACACUGGUAUUGGUGCUGGUCACUGUGGAAAUGCCUGUUCUGGCGGUGGCCAUGGUGGAAAUGGAGGUCAAGGUGAUGGUCAGGAAGUCGUUGGAGCUAGCCACGGAUCUUUUGUGGCACCAACUGCAUUUGGUAAAGAUGGUGGUUACAAUUCCUUCCCACACAAAGGAGGUAAAGGCGGAGGUAGAUUAUUUAUCAACACAACACAUACCCUUACUGUGGAUGGUCUGAUAUCUGCUCAGGGUGGUAACUGGGGCUCGGUAAGGAGUGGUGGAGGAUCUGGUGGCAGUGUCAUGGUGCUGACCUAUACCAUGGAUGGUGAUGGUAAAUUUGAUGUCAGUGGCGGGAAUGGCUAUGACGGAUCACAUACCACUCAAGGUGGUGGUGGAGGAGGAGGAAGACUGGCUUGGUACUAUGAACACAACUUCUUUGUUGGAACUUUCCAAGGUUUUGGUGGAACUGGUGGUUAUGAAAAUGGUGGCCCUGGAACGAUAUAUGCACACAAGAUGCCAGACAGGGAACAACCCUUUUCUUCAUUUACAUCCAACAGAACAUUAUACUUGGACAACAAUAAUAGAGUACCACGUGACCCGUUCCGAAAUCUCACGAGUUCAUAUGCUAACUACACAUUAGGAAGUGCUGUAGCCUGGCUUAUCCCAUCUGAGUAUCCUGCCUUUGUUAACGAAACUCGAAACGAAACACAAGUCGUACUGGAAGAGUUCCAGUUGUAUCGUGGAGCUCAGAUGGCCUUCCUGAUGCCAGACAAUCCAUUUGGCUGGAUUGACAUCAGAAUUGGUAUCAUUGAAGGGGACCGGUCUGGCCAUCUCCAUGUUGGAUUUAAUCAGUCACAGUAUAUUGCCAGUGGCAAGCUUCCAAAUGACCUUUCAAUUUACCAUGGAGGGGACAUAACUCUUAGAGGAGAACUACGAGCAGCAGGUGUGACCAUCAGUAUGGAGGGUGUUAUCAACAAUGUGGAGAACUUGACUGUUGUAGAUGGAGGUAUUCUGAAAAUUUAUGAGAUGAUUGAUGUGAAUAACGUCCGUCAUGAUCAACUGACAUUCAACACUCUGAAUGUCCGUAAUAAUGGUAGUAUGUUUGCGAAGAAUGGCAACGAUUCACACAUCUUAAUAGGUGAUACACUGCGUGUAUUCCCCGGUGGGCUGUUGGAGUCUAAAUACCUACAAGUGGAGGCCAAGACGGUCAUCAUUGAUGUGCUUGGCAAAAUAAGUUCAGAUUUCAAAGGUCACUGUGAUGGAGGUACUGGGAAAGGUCUUACUGUUGGCAACAUAGGGUUAGGUGGAAGUUACGGAGGAGAAGGUGGGGCAGAAAAUGACAACCAUUCACCAGCCACGGGUUACGGAUUUUUCAAUUUUCCAAAUGAGUAUGGUAGCUCUGGAGGAACAGGUACAAACAGCGCAGGCAAUACUGUGGCAGGUGGGUGUGGCGGUGGAAUCCUCAACUUCAAGCUGAGUAAUAAAAUACAAAUUGAUGGAGAUUUGACUGCUAAUGGACAGUCUGCUGACUCUACUUAUGCUGGUGGUGGCUCCGGUGGCAGUAUAUUCAUCAACACCACAGAGUUCGAUGGCACUGGCAAAAUUGAGGUUACUGGUGGAGCAGGAAGAAAUGGAGGUGGAGGAGGAAGACUGGCCAUCGUCUUCAAUGACAACCACUACAUUGGUGACAUGACAUCGACUGGAGGACUGGGCGACGGAGAAAUGGGAGCGUCUGGCACUGUGUACACUCGUGAUAUGGUUACCAGUUCAGGAGCUGAGUUCAAGCACCUUCAGGUCUACAAUCAGCAAGGAAAUGGGGACUCCAAAUCAAGAAUCUCCAUCUCCGAAGUCCAGACACCUGAACAAGAACUCGAUUUGCUUGACCUCGGCCAGUAUGCACAAGUUGGUUUCCUGGCCGUGGAUUCCAGUGGAAUGCCUGUUGUUGGGGAAAGGACACAGAAUUUGACCCAAGUGGGCGGUGAUCAUACUGCUGUAGUCCACAUCGAGCCAGGCUACAAACUGAAUAUUGUCUUCAAUGAUUCAGCCAUUCUGUCAUUUGAUGUCCAUUUGUAUGAGAAUGCAACUGUGAACCUGCCCUACGAAACCUUCCUCCUUGACUGUCGAGUGAUCCUGUUUGGUGGCAUACUACAGGGCGUAGAGAAACUCAACAUCUCCAUGGACGGCUCAUUCACAAUUUACCCACCUGCUCAACUCGGAUAUUCCCAAAAAGUCGUUCUCAACAGCAUCGACAUCCAAGAUGGUGGAUUAUUCAAUUUCCAAGGCAAUGCAGAAAAUGAUUCCUUGAUAGAGAUUAUAUUGGACGGAGGUUUUCAUGUCCAUGGAGGAGGUGAAAUGCAGGCCAAUAACCUUUAUUUGGAAGCGGUAAAUAUCACCAUAGAUGCCGAUGGUUUAGUCAACAGCAGCAGCAGAGGCUAUGAAGCUGGUCAAGGCCCUGCUUCAGGUGUAUACAGUCAGUCAGGAGGGUCCGGGGCCUCCCACGGGGGUCUUGGUGGUGUUGGUGCUGGGACCGCAUAUGCGAAUUCUGCAAUGGGAGACAUGACUCGGCCUGUUAACUAUGGCAGCGGUGGCACAGCUGCAAAUGGUAGUGCUUCAGGUGGUGGCAUCAUCCACCUGAGGGCCGAACAUCAAAUGGAAGUUGAUGGGUUUAUCACUGCGAAUGGCAUGGAUGCAGAGAGUGGAAGUCAGGGAGGCGGAGCUGGUGGCAGUAUACUGCUGGAAUCUCUCCACUUUCUGGGUACUGGGACCAUUUCUGGAAAUGGCGGUGGUGGUGGCCUUGUACCCAACUGUAACAGCCAUGAUAGUGAGAGACGAUGUCUUCAGUGUAAUUCUGGCUACUUCUGGGUCCAGUACAAUUGUGUGUCAGAUUGUCAGAAUCAAAAUAGUCGCUGCUGUGAUGCAUCUACAUUUGUUACAAACUGUGUUGCUGGGGGCAACAGCCAAUCUUCCUGUAGCUCUAGUGGCAUGAAUUGUCAGAGUGGAUUCUCUCUCGGGAGCAGUACAUUGUUCCUGACUUACUGUGGUGAUAUUGGCAGAACAUGUGCUGGUGAAACCAAUGUGCUACCCUUGAAAUAUGGAGGUGGAGGUGGUGGUGGCCGAGUGGCUGUUCUGGCCAAUGACAGCUAUGCCUUCCGUGGCAAUUACAAGACGUUUGGAGGAAAGAGUGGGAAAGAGAAUGGUGGGUCAGGCACUGUUUACUUCAGAAAGCCAGACUCAUCUGGUGGCUAUGAGGACACACUCAGAAUUGAUAACGACGGGUCAAAGCCUCUCAAUACUUUCAUCACCAACCCAGAUCAGGACAGUGGAAAGACCUAUGCUACCAUGGGAAGCACCACAAAUUCAGAACUCUUCAUUUAUAAUGUUUUGAUUUACGGAUCCGCUCAUCUUGUGUUCAAGAAUACCACACUAGAUGGAUCAAUUCCUGUGCGAAUUGGUAAUCUCCAAGGUGACAAGACAGGCAUGCUUCACAGCUUAGCAGACAUACCUGAGAUCAAAGUUAAUGAUAGUGACAGCCCAUUUCCAGCAUCCUUUGCCAUUUACGAAAAUGCUAACCUAGUGCUACCUGCAGAGGUACACCUCAUCCGACUUGAAUACACAACCAUCAAGCUGGACGGUAUAAUCAGUGGUGCUGAAAAUUUCCAUAUUGGGCAGGGAGUCAAUGUCCUUGUCGGUGAACGUGGUAAGACAAGUGGAAGUGCAGACCGUGAGUUCCAUUUUGAUACAUUGCAAGUGUAUGCUGAUGGUAAAAUGUCAUCUGACUUCAUCAAUGAGCAUAUUCCUUCCCUGGUUCUCAAUUUGACUGGUCUUAUACGACUUCAUGCUGGUGGAAGGAUUGAGGCACCCUGGCUGGAAGUGACUGCAGAUCAGGUACAACUUGACCCUGCUGGAGUCAUUGACACUACAUUACGAAAUGUCAAAACUGCCAUGGGCAGCCAAGAUGGAAUUAAUGCUCCCACAGGUGGUGGAUCUGGUGGUGGAGGUGGUGCUUCCGGUGGGCAAGGAACAAAUCAGACUGUUGUAGGAACAUCCCCAUCCUAUGGUGAUAUGUAUUUCCCAAAAGAGUUUGGUGGCACUGGGGGAGAUGGUGGUGGUUCUAGCCUCAAUCUUGGCUGUACACCAAAUGACGCCCACACCGGAGGCAACGGUGGUGGUAUCGUCCAAAUGACCAUCACCAAUGACUUGGUGUUGGACGGUGAGAUCUUGUGUAAAGGGUCUUCUGGGUCUGGACCUAGAGGAGGUGGAGGAGGAGGUGGCAGUAUCUUUAUAAAGACUAGGCAGAUGACUGGAACUGGACUUCUGAGUGUUGAGGGUGGCAGUGUGGCUAGUGGCACCAACACCUGUCAUGGUGGUGGUGGAGGUGGAGGACGUAUUGCCAUUCACUAUAAUGGCACUUUUGAUUUCAAUGGGGAAACUCAUUCCCACGGAGGAAGUGGUGGGUUGGAGUGUGGCGGUGCAGGCACUGUAUUGCUAAGAGACACCUUCACAGAGUCUGACAUCCUCAAGAUUGACAACAAAGCAGUCUGCACACCGCUGGAUGACUCGAUUGACUUCAGCGUAUUGUCCGAUACAAGACGAGGGGAACACAGCUGUCAGACAUGGUUAUUUGACCCGACAUCUCCUGUGUCUCACACACACAACUUUAGUGAGGUCUCUCUCAAGGGCGAGGCACAACUAGCAGUUUAUCGACGGAAUAUUGAUACCUUCAAUCAGUAUGUCACUAUCAACAAAGGCACUGGUGACAAAACUGGCACAUUCCAUGUUGGAAAUCUACAAGUCUUUUCAGCUACUCUGCAUGUUGAUAGUCCUGAAUUGGAUUUUGGUUUGAGAAUUUAUCAAGGUGGAACUAUGAAGGCAGAAGAAGUGCUACUUGUACAGGGUAUAACUAUCGAAUUCCAGGGGACGCUGGAAGGAGCUGAACACCUUGUCAUUGGACCCAGUGGACGCAUCAUUCUUAAGCCAUAUACCAACACCAGUGUGUCCACAACAGUAACCAACGAGAUCACAUUCACUAGCAUCACCAUACAAGGAGGCGGAGUCCUGGAAAUUAACAGCGAUGCAAACGGCAUGGUUCUCAUUGGCAACACAUUCCAUGUCGAGAGUCGCGGAGUAUUGGAUGCUGAUAAGAUAGAAAUCCGUGUUGCUAACCUUAUUGUGGAUGAUGCUGGUGUCAUUCGAACCGAUAAGAAAGCUCCUGUCGGGGUGGAUGGUACUGGUGUAGGAAGAGAUGGCAGCGGUGCAGGACAUGGCGGUAUGGGUGGAACUGGCACUAUAUCUAGUGCAGGUGGUUUGUUUUAUGGAGCCUUAAAACUGCCGGAAUCAUUUGGUAGCAGUGGUGUGACUAAUACAAGUCAGCAGACCUACGGAGGUGGUGUCAUCAAAAUUGAGGCUUCAAACUAUACUACUGUUGAUGGUACUAUCAGUUGUGAUGGCGAGGCUGGUGCUUCUGGUGCAGGAGGCGCCAGUGGAGGAUCCCUGAUAUUGGUCACAAACUAUCUCUCUGGUUCUGGCACCUUCCAGGCCAAUGGUGGAGAUGGGGAUGCUGUCAGUGGAGGAGGUGGUGGGGGGAGGCUCUCAAUAACCUACACUACAUCCGAGUUCACUGGGAAACACCUGGCUUACGGAGGCAGGGCAGCAAAUGGCGAUGGAGGAGCAGGAACUGUUUAUGUAGAGGGCGCUGGCAAAAAGAUGCUUUACAUUGAUAAUAAGACACCCAGCUCCAACAUUAAACCUAAAAUCUCCAGCAUGGAUAUGACGUCCAUUACUGCAGACGAGUCUAGCCGUACCUGGGUGCCAUUUGAUACAGCAUCCAUCACCCUAGAUGAACUGCAUAUUUUGAAUGGUGCCCACAUGGCUCUGGAGCCCAGUGCAACUGUGACAACACAUACCUUAACCAUACAAAAUGUCUAUGGUGAAGACUUUAUAAAUAAUCCGGAAAAGAAAGGAACAAUCCAUGUCGGCCAUCACCAAUCCGUGUCGAUUAGUCAGUCUAAUCUCUACCUUCCAUUUGAUGCCAAUGUUUAUACCGAAGGUGUUUUACAAUUGCCCUCAGCUGUGAAGAUGUAUAAGGGUAGUUUUCUGUUUGAAGGCAUACUGUCUGGAGUUUCUACCUGGGACAUGAUUAAUACAAAUGUAGAGCUAAAGGGCACCAGUAAGACACAGAACACUCUCACUCCUGCCUCCUUUACUAUUACCACAUUAAACAUUCUGGCAGGCAGUACAUUGACCAUGAGGGACAACAACACUAACUACAAACUCGACCUCAACUCCCUCUUUAUAGGAGCAACAGGAACCAUCCUGGGAAGGAAUCUGGAGAUUGAGGCAACCACUAGUUUUGUUACAGAAGAUGGAGCUAAUAUUGACCUUGAUGGUCAAGGGUCCUCUACAUCUGGUUCAGUGUCUAACACAUUAGGAACUAGUCAUGGUGGCCAAGGAGGAAAAGGGACAUCAGACACUAUAUAUGACCCCACUAAUGAUGAUAUGCGGAGUCCCUCAUUGCCUGGAGGUGGUAAUGGUAGGGCUGCUGGUGGGGGAGUCCUCAAGAUCACCACUGCAACCUUCACCCACAAUGGUAUCAUUUCUGCUAAUGGACAAGACGCUAAUACUACAGACUAUGGUGGGGCAGCUGGUGGCAGUAUCCAGAUCAGUUGUACAUCCAUGCAGAAUGGAGGUAUCAUCCGAGCCGAUGGCGGACAAUCAGGAAGUUCUAAUGCUGGUGGAGGAGGUGGUGGUCUCAUAGCUAUAACAUACACUACCACUUUAUACCUUGGAGACGGUGUCACAGUCUAUGGUGGAGAUGGAAACCAGCGAGGAGCUGCAGGAAUCAUAUUCCUCUCAUCAAACAAUGCUAUAUCUCCAGCCACAUCAGCUGUCAUCAAGAACAGUGGUGAGACAGAGGCAGUGUCACAACUUGUCGUGCCAGAUAAUGUUCUUGUUUUGGAGGUGGAUACAAUCGAGGUCCAAUCAAAAUGCGUCUUUGGUCUACAGGCCAGGGCUUCUGCGUCUGAUGCUGUACAGGCUAGAAUUGGUAACAUCAUCAGUGUGACCGGCUCCACUUUUGUCGUUGAGGAAUACACAGAAUUUUAUUAUGCUACAAAAUCUUCUGUUAAUAGAAACAAUGUUGUUCUGCCAAAUGACAUCUAUGUGAAAGAGAGAGCAAAGAUAGAACUUCCAGAGACCACGGUAUUGGAGAGAGAUGUCACUCUAGAAUUAUGUGGAGCCUUGCUUCUUAAUACUAAACACCUUACUAUUAGAGACGGUGGUUUACUAAAGAUGGCAUUCCCGGGUACUUCUGGAACGAAUCUAUCCCCGUCACAGAGUGUGCUGUUGUUAGAUACACUGGCUGUGGACUAUGGAGGAGACAUACAACGGUCCAGCAAAUGUGAGGGAUCCACAGGAAGCAAGAAAACAACAGUACAAAUUACUGACUAUCAGGUUGUCUCCACCUUUAAUAUCCCUACAUCCUCGUACACUCUUCAGACAGGAUAUACAACCUCAUACCUGAGUCAAACAACCAAUCUCACCUGCACUGGUGAUGUGUACAUUCCACGGACCCAGGAAUGUAAUCUGGCUGCUGUAUCUCACACAUUCACAUCCAUUGUGAUUGAGGCAGGAGGGAAGUUGAAUAUUCUUGGUGAUCCUGAUGGAGUUAACAUGACUACCAUCAACACUGAUUCUUUGGAAAUAAAAUUUGGAGGAGAGAUCAAUGGUGUUGGAGCAGGGUACCAGACAUCUGGUCCUGGAGCAGCAACAUCCUCUUCAAAUGGUGCGACCCAUGGCGGUACAGGAAAGGACAGCACAGCAGACCCUUAUGGAAGUGUUACUGCACCCAGGACACAUGGAAGUAAUGGAAACAGUGCCACAGCUACAACAAAGCGUGGUGGUGGACAGGUGGAGAUAAUUGUGACUGGGUCCAUGGUCGUGAAUGGUGAUAUAAAGAUGGAUGGUCAGGACGGUGCCAGUGGAGGAAGUAUCAUCCUUAAUGGACAGUCACUGUCUGGGAAUGGUGUCAUCCAGGCCAAUGGAGGAGCUCGAGGUGGUGGAGGACGUGUGGCAGUGAUCACCUCUAAUACCUACACUUUUGAUGGGACAAUCACAGCUUCUGGAGGAGACACAGACUCAAGUCCAGGCACAGUGUAUUUACAGAAACCUCUGGCUGGGGGCCAGACAGGAAAGGAAUUGAUAAUUAGUGGUACAGGAACCACAAGAUUGUUGAAUGCACAAAAUAUAGCCAGUACUACAUUUACCAAGCUGAGUCUGGACAACAGUAACACCAUGAAAGUGGAGACAACUGUGACAGUCACAGAACUGCUCGGAGAUGGGUCAGCAACAAUACACAUUACUGGCGGGAAAACUUUCAGUGUCUCUCAGUUCCUGGAUGACCAUACAGGGAGUCAGUGUAGCUUUAUUGUUGAUGCAUCAGGUACACUCAGUGCGACAGCUGACUUGUUUGUAACUGGAGCCAGUCCAGAAUUGGUGGUGAGAGGAUCAGUCACAUCUUCUACAUUAACCAUUGGGAAAAGUGGAGCCUUUACUUUGUAUGACACUGGUGCAAUGGAGUUAACCUCUCUUGUUCUUAAGGAGUAUGCCACAGGUGAGAUUAAAACGGGCGGAAGCCUCAAUCCAAGUGGAAGCUCUCUGACUCUGCUGAGAUUCGGCUACAACUCCUCCAUGACGUACAACGAAAAUUCCAUAACCAUUAAGGCAACUGACUUAGAAAUGUAUCCAGAAUCAAGACUCUACCUCGCAAAGGACACCAAAGAGUUCAUUUUUCAGGGUGAUAACUUAAAAAUAGAGGAUGGAGCUAGUAUAUCUGUUUCAGGAGGUGGAUCAACUGCUGGCCAGGGUGCAGGUAGUACUACCAAAGGUGCUAGUCAUGGUGGUGAAGGAGGUAACAACCCGAAUGUCCAGUAUGGGAGCUCCAUAUUACCAGCAGCUGCAGGAAGUGGCUGUUCUAGUAACAGAGGUGGUGGCAUCAUUAAAAUAGAGGCUUCGUCUGGUACAGUAACGAUAGAUGGAACAUUGGAAGCAGAUGGUGAUGUGGGUACAACUGAAGGUGGUGCCAGUGGUGGCAGUAUAUACAUCAACGCCAAUUCACUUGAAGGUCAUGGAGUCAUCAGUGCCAAUGGUGGCAACAGUGACACACAGGGCGGUGGUGGUGGAGGCAGGAUAGCCAUCAUUGCAAAUUCCAUUACAAACUUCCACGGGAAAGCUCAGAGUUUUGGUGGCGAAGGUGGUACUGAGCACGGUGCAAGUGGAACUGUCUACAAACAGUACACCAAAUCUGGUAGUGCCCUGAAGAAAUCCAUCAGUAUUGACAAUAAUGGCCUAGAGACACCCAGACAGACGUGGAUUAGCAGCAUCACUUCAACACUUUCAGAGCUGAUCCUCAAUGGAAAGGCUAAGGCUUCUUUUGUUACCACAAUCACAACGGCCACUAUUGAGAUUGUUAUCGGUGACUACACAGGCACCUUGUUUAUUGAUUCCAGUCAGGACUUUGACAUUGCCACAUCCUAUGGUACACAGUAUCCAUUUGCUCUCGAGUGUAGACUUAUUAUUGAAGGAAUUGCCAAACUGCCUGCUAAGCUGUUAAUAAAAGAUGAUGACACAGCAGAUGAUACUGUCAAUUUCCAAGUUCAAGGAACAAUCAUUAAUAUGCGUAACUUCAUUGUGGCAACAGGAGGCAAGGCAAGCUUUUCUUCCACAAGUCGUAGUGGGUUGUCGUCAGCAAAUGUUGGCGUGGCCUCAAAAUUAUCCUUGACAACACUGGAUGUAACUACCGAUGGUGUGCUAACUCUCGGUACUGACUCUGCAACUGUUUUCACACUAUCAGUGCUCAAUGACCUUAACAUCAAAUUUGGCGGCACACUGGAAGGAAAGUACCUUACUGUCGAAGCUCGUAACCUGCAAGUGGCAUAUGAAGGAGAGAUCAGCACAAAUGGACAAGGCUCAUCGGCAGGAACAGGGACUGGAGCUGGAUCUGAUGGUUCAGGGGCCUCUUAUGGAGGUACAGGGGGAAAUUCAAGCUCAGUUUCUACACCUGCUGUAGAAUACUAUGGGAAUGUGUUUGCUGCUGGAGAUAUAGGCUCCGGUGGUGGUGACACUAAUACAGGAGGAACAGGUGGAGUAGGAGGUGGUAAGAUUUCUAUUGCUGUCACAGAUAAGUUCACUCUAAAUGGAAAUAUUUCAGCUAAUGGCAUGGAAGGUGCAGAUGGUGGAGGAGGUGGCAGUGGAGGCUCCAUUGUUGUAACAUCCACUGAUCUGAUUGGAGGUGGUGUUUUGUCUGUACAAGGUGGGGGAUCCAAUUCUUCUGGUGGUGGUGGAGGUGGAGGAGGCCGAGUCUUCCUCGACAUCUCUGGAGACUACAACUUUACUGGAGAUUAUAAGCUUCAGGGAGGCAAUGCCUCAUCAGGAGGUCAUGGAGGAGGUGCUGGAACAGCCUACAUCAAAGCUAUAAAGAGUAGUCUCCUCUUUACACAUUUAAUGGCUGACAACUCAUUUGUGACAGGAGACGAAUUGUCUGGAACUGUCAUCGAUAUCUCUGGAAGUUCAGAGGUUAGAGUUGACCAGCUCACUGUAGGAGAUGAUGUGCUUCUACAUGUGACUACUUCAAACCUUCAUUUCAAAGCAAAGGAACUUGAUUGUGGAACAAGAAGUACACUAAAGAUUGAUGAUGAUGUUAUAUUCACAGCUGAUGAGGACAAGACCUACACCCAGCUGAAAUGCAGCCUUGUACUGACAGAGAGAGGAGAGGCUAGGUUACCCUCUACAACAGAAUUUAAUGGAGCAGGAAAUAUAUUUGAUGGUACACUAACUAACAUCAACAAUAUGAUCAUUGCUUCCCGUCAAACUGCAAGUUUCUCAGCGAAGACAAGGACAGCCAGUUAUUCCAGUGGAGCCCACGUGUAUAUCACUGAUGCUGGGGCCUACAGGUUUAGCUCGCUGGUCAUCAAGAGUUAUGGUACAGGGAUCCUGCCUAAGACAGGAAAGAAACUGUUAAUUAGCACCCUGGAGAUACACUAUGCAGGUGUACUUUAUGCUGAAACCCUUGAUAUGGAGAGUAACAACAUCAACCUUAAUCCAGGGUCUGCUAUUGAUUUAAGUGGCGGAGGCCCAGGAGCUGGUCAAGGCACAGGAGCUGGAUCAGAUGUAAGUUAUGUAGGUACUGGUGGAGGUCAUGGUGCUGAAGGAGGAUCAGCUUCCUCUGGUGUCCCAGGAGGUGCUGCUUACGGUUUAGUACGAUCUACCAAUGAAACAGGCAGUGGAGGAGGCAGCAACACAUUAGGUGGAAUAGGAGGGAAUGGUGGGGGUCUUCUUACUCUCCUUGUACAGGAUACACUGAAUAAUGAAGGAUCAAUAAAGGCUGAUGGUAAUCCAGGAAAUGGUACAGACGCUGGUGGUGGCAGCGGUGGGACAUUGUAUGUACAGUCAAAAUACUUUACAGGACACGGCACCAUGAGUGCCAAUGGAGGAGCUGGUUCUGGACAAGGAGGAGGGGGUGCUGGGGGCAGGAUUGUCAUCACCCUCACAGAAGAGUAUACAUUUGAAGGCACUUUGACGGCUUAUGGUGCCGGAAAUGAUGAUGAUUUUAACACUGUGAAGGCUGGCCCCGGUACUGUUUUCAUCUAUGAUGGAACAACCACACUGUCAAGUCCUAAUCGUCGUUUGUUGGUGAAGGGAGAUACAACAGACCCACUCCAAUCACAGACAAGGACAAAGAUUCAAGGCACUUCAUCUGACCAUUAUAUCUUUGAUGAAAUGACUCUCAAUGGCUAUGCCAACUCCGAAUUUGGAACCACAGAUACUGUCCUGAGUGUGAAGAAGUUUUAUGGUGAUAAGACAAGCUGGUUGUUUGUUGAAGAUGAACAGAUACUGAAGGCAGAAUAUGUGGAGGGUGUUGAAAGCAGUCUGGUAUUGGUUGUUAACAUGGACAUAGGGGAAAAUGCAACACUUCAUGCACCAGUUAACAUGACUGUUGCUGGUGUUACUGCAGUAUUGAGAGGCCAAGUAACCUGUAAAAAUAUGAUUGUGGAAGAGAAUGGCAAAAUUUACCUACACAACACAUCCUACACUGCCAACUUUGAACAAGGUGUAUACAAGGCAACAAGUACUGCAGGCAGUUACAAUCUUGCUCUGCUCAUUCUGAAGAAAAACUCCUACUUCAUACCUGUAGUCAGACUUGACCUUACCGUAGCUACCUUCGAUAUGAAACGGUUUGUAAAGCUGUAUGCCAACUCAAUAAAAUUAACAGUGGGUUCUUUGACCAUUGAAAGGGAAGCAGAACUCAACGUGGACGGAAAAGGUUUAGUGGCAGAUGCUCCAGCAUCGGCACAAGGCAAAAAUAAAUCUGGAGGAGCCUAUGCUAGUUCUGGUGGAGUAGGUGCGUCCUUUACAACCAGCGAUACACCAGAGGCUUUUGGUACCAUUUAUCAACCUCUUACUGUGGGUACACGAGGAGGAGAUGGAGGCUACGGUGGAAGUGUUAUACAAAUUACAGCAGUGACAUUCUCUCUUAAUGGUUUACUGUCUGCCAAGGGUGAGGGUUCUACCACAGGAGGUGGAGGCAGUGGCGGCAGUAUAUAUGUGAUUUGUCUUGAAAGUAUUACUGGUUUUGGUACAAUGUCUGUCAAUGGAGGGGAUGCCACAGGAUCGGAUAGCGGGGGUGGAAGUGCUGGUCGUAUCGCUGUCGAAUCUCUUUCAGAAACAUUCUCUCAGACAGGGACAUAUAGUGCUCAGGGAGGGAACUCUCCAGCUGCAAAUGGAAAAGGAGGACCUGGUUCUAUAUAUCAGAAAAUUGGAAGUACAACUGCCAACACAAUUGUUGAGACCUUGACCAUUGACAACAGUAAUGGGCAGCAGGACUACUAUAUGACUUUAGCUGAAAGUGACUUAGACCUUGAAUUUGACAGGGUCAAUAUGUAUAAUUAUGCAAAGCUUCAAAUUGCUGUUGACACAUCUGUUAAUAAAACCAUUAACAUUCUCAAGGUUAAUAGUGAUGGAACUGGAAUACUGCGUCUCCGUUCUAAUCAGAAAGGCACACUGGAGAGAACUGUUACAUCAACUGUGUCAAAGCUGGAGAUCAACCUUGAGCUGCAUGAUGGAGGAGAAUUUGUGUUGUCAGAAACUUCAACAAUUCUUGGAAAAGCAUCAACGGCCCUGGAUUUGGAUGGUCUAUUAAGAGGUGUAGUAAAUUUGAUCCUUGGACCAGGACGACACAUGAGAAUGGGUGAAAAUGCCAUGAUUGUGCCAUUCCAAGCCACAGCUCUCUCCUCCCAAGCCAGAGUGACCUUUGGAACAUUUCAGAUGGACCCAGCCAGUGCUUUGGAUUAUGAUAAAAACACUGGAGCUGACAUGUUAGUAAGCAUCCUUGAUAUCAAGUAUCAGGCAUGCCUGAGAGCAGAUUACUUCAACAUCUCCUCAUCCUAUAUCCUUAUAGAACAAGAAGCUUGUCUGUCUGCUGCCAGCUAUGAUAGAACACUGUCAACAACCAUUGACACAGACUCCGGAAAUGCCACAGAGGCAAAUGGCAAGAAGGGUGGAGCUGGUCAUGCUGGCAAUGGUGGAGGUCCAAUGGCUAUUGCUGGAGGCUACUAUGGCUCCUUGUACAAUCCCAUUGAAUCGGGCAGUAGGGCUAGACCAGCAGGCGGUAAGGGAGGUGGAAAGGUUUACCUGAAAGCUGGUAGUCAGAUAUACAAUGAUGGAGAAGUGACUGUGAGUGGUAGUGGCAGUGUAGAAGGAGGUGGCAGUGCAGGUAGUAUCUGGAUAGACACAGUUGAUAUUGAUGGUUAUGGCACAUUCUCUGCUGUAGGAGGAAAUGGACUUGCCCAGAACGUAGGUGGUGGCUCAGCAGGCCGAAUAGCAAUCAAUUGCACAAAAGAAAUUGCAUUUGAAGGUGAAUAUUUGGCAAAUGGUGGCUCAGGAUUUACAGAUGAGGAUGCUGGAGGUGCUGGAACAGUGUACCUUGAGGACAUACGAAACUUCAAACCAUACAGACGUCUUCUAAUUGAUAACAAGAAGCGACCAAUUGACAAAUAUGCCACUAUAAAAGAAUCCAAUAUGAACGACUUUUUCUUUGAUGAACUCCACCUUAUGAAUAAUGCUGCACUGCAGAUUAUUGGUAAUGGAGUGACAGUAAAUCUUGAUGUUAGGCAGAUGGUUGGCGAUCGAAGUGGCCUCCUACAUGUUCAUGGGGACCAGAAAUUUGUUCUGGAGUUUGAGGAAGCCAAGAGAAAGGCAUUCACAUCAGGUGUUAACUUCAUUAUUGAUGAAAAUGGAGAAUUACAUUUGCCAGGCAUCGUUUACAUAUAUGGUUCAGGUAUCAACAUGUUGGGAGCUUAUCCAGAGGAUAGGUCUAUUCAGGUGUUUGGAACACUAACAGGAGUCCUAGAUCUGGUUCUUGGAUUUGAAACUUUAAUGUACCUUGGCCUGAAUGCUAACACAGCUAUGCUUGCAAAUGGUGCCUAUUUAUAUAAAGACACCAGCGGCAAUGCUCGUUUUGGAACUGUUGAUCUGCGUGCUUUGUCCACUCUGAAAUAUGCUCCAAAUGUUCCCAUGAAUGCCACCUUUGGCCAGUUGGAUUCGAGAUACAAGUCUACCGUCUCUGCAGAGAGUGUCUUUUUGAUAGUCUCAGUGCUAAAUAUUGAAGCUGGGGCCAAAAUGACUUCUUCAUCUACCGACAGACCUCUCGACACACAAGAUGAAAUGUUGGGAACUGGAAGCUCGUAUGGCAGUUAUGGCACAGGCGGCGGUCAUGCUAGUCUUGGUGGUGGAAUAUAUGACCAAUCCACCAAACUGCCUCUCAGGGAGGGUGGGGCAUACUAUGAUAGUCUUUACACUCCAAACAGACGAGGAAGUGCUGGUGGCAGUAUCAGCAAUAGUUCACCUGGCAUGGGUGGUGGCAUCAUCAACCUCCAUGUCGCUAGAAGUCUCUUGGUUGAUGGAUCGGUCUCCUCAGAUGGCAGUGACGGCGAUUCUUCUGAUGCUGGUGGUGGCAGUGGUGGGACAGUUUAUAUAGCCUCACCCAACCUUGAAGGCCAUGGGUUAUUUUCCACUAGAGGAGGAGCAGGUUAUACAGGAGGCGCUGGUGGCAGAAUGGCAUUUUAUCUUGACUCGGAAAUCUACUUCUUUGGCAAAUUCAACAGCACUGGAGGUUCUGGGCAAGGAGCACAUAUGGAUGAAGGUGGUCCUGGAACAACAUUCAUACAAGACACACGCUUCAAACGACCUUACAAACAACUGUUUUUGGACAAUCAUGAGAGACAUUGGGACCAUUAUGUAGAAAUGGAUGAAGAAAAUGUUACUUUAUAUGAAUUCAAUGAUGUUCAUAUGUAUGGUAAUGUCUCCUUAUCAAUGAAAGAGGACACAAAUGUAACAAAAACGCUCAGAAUUGACAAAUUUUAUGGUGACAAAACAGCAAGACUUCACAUGAAAGCAAACCAGACCGGUUACCUUGAGGAAAGCCAGUCACUAACCAAGACACCUAUCAACCUUUGGGUAGACAGUGGUGCCAAGGUAUUCCUGUCACAGCUUGUUUACAUGCUAGGAAAGGGUGAGAUAGCCUUCAAGUGGAACGGUGAGAUCAUCGGUGUCCAGCACAUGAGAAUAGUUCCUGGUAGAAUCAUCAACAUUGGUCCCGGGGCUCAAACAAGCUCUUACAACAGUGGAGUGUACACAGCCGGUGUGCCAGGCUGGUUCUUGUUUGGCAGUUUGGAGCAGGGCUCAGGAUCCAUAAUGGAACUGCCCCCUCCUAUGGGACUUAAACUGACAGUGGGCUACUUGGAUGUGAAAUAUGAGGCACUGUUUAAAGCAGAUACAUUUGAAAUUGAAGCUUCAGACUUCAUGCUGGAACCAUUAGCCAUCUUCCUUUGUAGUGGUACAGCUGUUGUUGGUGGCACUGGUCAUCCAACAAAUGCAUCUACUGGUGGUGGUCAUGCAUCAAGAGGUGGUCACAAUACUGCUUCAGAACUUGGUGGCAUAGCUUACGGAUCUCUUUACGAGCCAGAUGAAACAGGCAGCAGUGGUGGUGAUAGUGCUGCAGGUGUAUCUGGUGGUCGAGGUGGAGGCAAGGCCAAGAUUUCUGUUGGUACUCAGUUCCUUUUGGAUGGUUCAAUAAUGGCAGAUGGUGCUGAUGGAUCAGCCAACAGCGGUGGUGGCAGUGGUGGGUCUGUCUGGGUUAUUGCUGGACAAUUCAGAGGCCAUGGAACAAUCAGCACAAGUGGAGGUUCUGGUCACGAGACCGCUGGAGGAGGUGCUGGUGGGCGCAUUGCAGCCCAUUCUGUAGAAUAUAAUCAGUUCCGUGGUCAGUUACUGGCCAUUGGACAGGAUGGUACCACCACAGGGGAUAUGGGCGGACCAGGUUCAGUGUUUAUUGAGGACAAGGUCACAGCCUACACCUAUGAGAGUCGAUUGUAUAUAGACGGAAACAAUUUGGCUACUCCAAAACCACUGGUGGUGUGGGAACGCAACCCUAGAAUCGUCAGUACCAAUGAAUCCAUAGACAAUGAUGCAGACCUCAACUUUGAUCAUCUCAUGUUGAAUAAAAAGGCAAUGAUCCAGAUAGCUGAUCAAGGAGGCUCUGGUAUAAACUCGAUCAACAUUGGUCUCGUCCUGGGAGAUAUGUCGGGAUAUUUACAUAUGCGGAAUAACCAACACUUUUAUGUUGAGUAUGACAAGUACAGUAUCAUCCGGUCCAUUCCUCCUACAAACUUCAUCGUGGAUGAGAAAUCAAACAUGUAUGCAUCAACUGACCUAAGACUGAUUGGAACCGGUCAUCCUACCCUAGAUUUACUUGGCCAUCUCGUCGGGGUUAUGAAUCUCACACUGGAAUACAGCCGUAGCAUGACUAUAGCCACAACAGCCAAAAACAGCCGAUUUAUCAAUGGGGCUUACCUAGCUCUGCCUAAUGGUACUCUGGCAUUUGAUUACCUGUCUCUCCAGGCUCAGGCAGAAAUCUCACACAGUAAGGACAUCAACCUGGAGGUGUCGGAUGUGAUGAUGCGGUACAGCUCAGGGAUCUAUGGAGACUCUAUCACCAUUACAGCUGGAAACAUGCACCUAGAGGGUGAGGCCCGUCUGGAUACUGGAGGUCGCGGUCUGAUGUGGACAGGCACUGGUGAUGGUGGUUUGGACUCCUCAGGAUAUGGAAUAGGUGGUGGAUAUGGAGGCUAUGGAGGCGGUGCUAACACUGUCAAUUAUACAAACGGAGGUGCAUCCUAUGGGUCUUACAAGGCACCAGUACAUCAUGGCAGUAAGGGGGGUGGAAGCAAUGGUGGCCGGGGAGGUGGAAUCAUUGACCUAGAAAUCACCAGAUCCAUCCAUCUUGACGGUAUCAUCACAAGUCAGGGCGGUAAUGCAUCUGUAGACAGCAGUGGUGGAGGAAGCGGUGGUAGUAUCUACAUGAGAGCUGUCAACUUCUCCGGGCAUGGCCAAGUCAGUGUCGAAGGAGGGAAUGGAAAUGAUUGGGGCUUUGGCGGCUCAGGAGGCCGAGCUUGUGCCCAUGUGUUCUGGAACAGAGAAUUCAAUGGUGACUAUUUGACCUAUGGAGGGUAUGGAGGCUCACAACGGUCUGAUGAAAGUGCUAAUGGUGCUUCUGGCACUGUAUACUUCACAGGGUCUGACCAAGGCCUGACAGGUAGAGAAGUUCUUAACAGCACCAAUGGGACAAUUGUAUACAAGGAUGGGUUCCGAAAGCUUAUUAUUGACAAUGCUAAUAGAAAUCACUUGCUGCCAACUGUCAUCAUGGCAGAAGGUGGAGUUUCUGCGGAAUUCGAGUUUGACCAGCUGGAAGCAAAUAGUCAUGCAGUGCUUGAGAUGCAUGGUAGCACAUCACAGCUGAUAGUCCAUGACUUUGAAGGAGAUCAAACAGGUCUCAUGUAUUUAAAAGCACAACAGACAGUUCAUGUGGAAUAUGUGGAGUCCACAGCAGGUUAUACUGUUGCUCCGGUGAGCUUUAAUGUGGAAUCUGGUGCUGAGAUACGUCUUCCAUCCACAGUUAUCAUGUUAGGAACACGGUCAGAAAUGAAAGGCCGCAUGACCAAUGUCCAGAAUCUGACCAUUGCAGAUGGAGCAAACACAGUGUUUCAUUCUACAGCCAGAACAGCUCUGAUAGAGGCUGGAAAAUUCACACAUGUAACCCAGCCUGGAAAUAUCAGUUUGACAUUAUUCAAGAUACAGAGAGGUUCUCAGGCUUUCCUACAGGAAACUCAGACAAACCUCGUCAUCACUAUCACGAAGCUGCUGAUCCAGUAUGAGGGUCGCAUGUGGAUGAACACGGGUAUGAUUGUUUCAGACAUAGGAGUUAUAGAAAGCUUGGCAGUGCUCAGUCUGGCUUACGAAGGUUAUAAAGCAGAAUUAGGACCUGGCAAAGGAAAUACUGUCGGUAGCUCUGGUUCUGGGGCUGCUCAUGGUGGCCAUGGUGGUGCCCCAGAACCAGAUACUGGUGGAGUACCAUAUGAUUCAACCAUGAAAGCAUUGGAACCUGGCAGUGGUGGAGGAAAUGGUUUAGGUACUGGUGGAAGUGGAGGUGGGUACAUGGUGUGGGAUAAUGGUAAAAACUUGUGGAUCGAUGGUGAGCUGUCCAUUGCAGGACAGUCUGGAUCUGGAAACGGUGCUGGUGGAGGAAGUGGAGGUGGACUUUUCAUGAAAACACUCAACUUUACUGGGUAUGGUGUAGUCAACGCAGCUGGUGGAAGUGCGUCUGGCAUUGGUAAUGGGGGAGGUGGUGCAGGUGGAAGAGUUUCAAUCCAUAUUGACUUUGCUAACAAGUUCACAGGUUUGAUAACGACUGGUGGAGGAAUAGGGUCAGGAACUUACCCAGCUGGAGCGUCAGGCACUACUUACAUCCAGGAAAAUAAUCGAGGACCUCAGUAUGCAGAGAUUAAAUAUGAUGUUGCAACAAAUACUAACAUUAAAGUUGCAACACAUAGACGUGUGUUAGUAGAUAACUUUGAUACUGAUAAAGAACUGUAUGCAAAUCAUGGAAUACCUUGGAUUUACACAGUUAUUGAGGAGAGCCAACAAGCUGAAUACACAUAUGAUGAACUUGAAUUGCGCGGUCACUCAAAUUUACAGAUAGGAUAUGCAGAUCCAUCAGUUUCGCCAAAUGUUACUGUGGUCGUACACAGAAUGUAUGGGGACAAUACAGGUCUUAUAAAUAUUCGUGAAAACCAGACACUGUAUGUGGAAGUUGUUGAGUCUCUCACUAAUGAAACAUAUGCACCAUGCAGCUUCAAAUGUGAUAGCGGUUCUGAAACAUUGUUCCCUGAAUGGACAAAUAUGUUUGGAUCAAGAUCAUUCAUCGCUGGACUGAUAACAGGAAUUGAAAAGUUGAUGGUACGUAGAGGAGCAGAUCUUCUGUUUUACUCAACUGGUCACACUGCCAAGAUUGAAAAUGGUCAAUACACUACCAUGACAGAUCCUGGUAACUUUGAGUUCCCACAGUUCCAUGUAGGCAGAUUCUCUGUAGCAGAAUUCCAACACAUCACAACAUCUAUGACCUUGACAUGCGCUGACUUCCUGGUCAAACAUCAAGGUUUAUUCUAUAUGAACUAUGCCAAUAUUUACUCCAGUUAUGCCCAUAUUGAAAGUGAAGCCAUACUUUCCUUGGAUGAAAGAGGGAAUGGAGCAGAGACAGGUUAUGGUAAAGGGACUACAAAGAAUGGUAUUGGAUGUGGUGGUGGACAUGGAGGCUGGGGCGGCUGUCCCACACCAGACUAUGGUGGUGAACCCUUCAACUCUGUCUUCUCUCCUGGAAAUGGUGUUUUAUUGGCAACUGAAGAAUUUUCUGGAAGUGGUGGUGGUAAUGGUGGUGGACAAGGUGGCUCAGGAGGAGGAUUCCUCCUCUGGGAGGUUGGUGACCUUCUGGAACUAAACGGUUUGUUGUCCCUUAACGGAUCUGAUGGAGUAGGUGGAAAUGCUGGUGGUGGCAGUGGUGGCAGUGUGUUGAUAAAAACAAUGAAUAUGUCGGGACAUGGAGGCAUAUCAGUAAAGGGUGGCAACGGUGUUAGCUCUGGAGGUGGAGGAUCUGGUGGACGUAUAGCCAUUCACUGUAAGUGGAGAUAUCAAUAUGGAGGAGCAUUCGACAACUAUGGUGGUGACGGUGGCUCAACUCAAAAACAGGCACACACUGGUGCGGCAGGAACCUCUUUCAGAGAGGAGAACCUCCGGGAACUUGAGUACAGGUUAAAGAAAUAUGACAAAGUACACAACACAACAUUUUUGGAGGUAGACCACAAGUAUGUACACUCAGAUAACUUGCUCAAGUACAGUCCCGCACCAACUCUUCUGAUGGCAAAUGACACUUACGAUUAUGAAUUUAACGAAAUUGACUUGACAGGAAGUUCCAGAAUGAUGAUCUAUCAUCCAAAUACUACGGACAGAAAUGUCACCGUUAUUGGCCACAAGUUCCUGGGUGAUAAAACAGGUCAGCUCCACACCCGAUCUAACCAGCAUGUAUACGUGGAAUAUGUUGAAUCGGUUCUAAAUAGAACUGAGGCUGUAUGUAGCUUUAUCAUUGAACAGUACAGUGAAAUCAUCUUCCCCGAAGAGGUUCAUGUUCAAGGUACUAACAGCACAAUAGCAGGAGAGGUGACUGGAGUUCUGGAUCUGAGUAUUGAAAGAGACGCGUUUAUGGAGUUCAUGUCAACCGCUAAUACUGCCAAUAUAAAGAAUGGUGUCAAAGUUAAUAUACAGGAACCUAGUUACUUCGCUUUUGGAACUGUCACUGUCAAACAAGGUGGGUUGAUGGGUUUCUCAAAAAUUGCUGACGUUAUGCAUCUGGAGGCAGGAAAAAUUGAAGUGCGUUACCAAGGUGUAUUAUACAUGAAUGAUGCAGAUCUAGAAUCGGGAUUUGCCGAGAUAGAGAGUCAAGGAACGUUCCAUCUGAACGGGCAUGGACAUACAGCUGAGAAUGGCCUAGGGGCAGGACAGACUGUUGGUUCUGUUGGCUGUGGUGCCAGUCAUGGAGGCUUUGGUGGCUGCUCUAACCAAGCUCAGGCUACACAUCCCUAUGGAUCUGUUUACUCACCAAAAGAACUUGGAAGUGGAGGAGGCAAUGGCCAAGGCACAGGAGGAAAUGGAGGAGGCAGAUUGAUGUGGGAUGUUGCCGUUCACUUCGAGCUUAAUGGCUUGCUUGCUUUACAGGGAAAUGAUGGUCAGGGAUCCAAUGCUGGAGGUGGCUCAGGGGGUAGUCUUCUUGUAAAAACAACCAACUUUACCGGCCAUGGUGAGGUAAAUGUAGAAGGAGGCAAUGGAGUAGGUUCUGGUGGUGGAGCUGCAGGAGGCAGAGUCGGCAUCCAUUGUCAAUACAGGUACACCUACGGAGGAAAGUACACCAAUCAUGGAGGUACUGGUGGAACUGGAGCCCCAGCAGGAACCACAUUUGUGGAGAACAACAUGCGUCCACUUGAGUACAGAAUAUUGAAGUAUAUGCCUGGUACUAAUACAACUUACUUCCAGGUAGAUCAUCGGUACCUACACAUGGACAACAUUGGCAAUCUUGUAGAAGGUUCCACUCUUAUUAUGGAAAAUGAAACAAUAACUUACGAGUUUGAUGAAGCAGAAGUGACUGGAGCAUCCAUAGCCCAGAUCUACCAUCCCUUAGACUCCCAAGUUACUGUAACCAUUCACAAAGUCCUAGGGGACAAGACAGGACAGCUCCACAUGAGAGAAAACCAGACAGUGUACUUGGAGUAUGUAGAGUCGGAAUCCAAUGUCACAGAAGCUCCAGUCAGCUACUACAUUGACUAUGGUGCUACUAUUAUUAUGCCUACUGAGGUACACAUGCAUGGUGUUCGUACAAAUCUGUCAGGUUUAUUGGUGGGUGUACACCAUCUGUACAUAGAAGAAAAUGGAGCAGUCUCUGUAUUUGCCACAUCCCAGACUGCACAGCUUUCCAGUGGAGUAAGAACUGAUACUACAACACCAGGAAAUUUCUCUCUACCAUCCAUGAAGAUCAAUGCCUAUGGUAGUAUUGAAUUUAGACAUAUAUCAAAUGAUCUGUUCAACUUGGACUUUGGAAGGGUGGACUUAAAAUAUAAGGGUGAGUUGUUAAUGAAUUAUGGCACGCUGGUAGCAGGAAAUGCAGACAUUGAGUCAGAGAGCUUGUUAGACUUACAAGGAAGAGGUCACCCAGCACAAACAGGAAGUGGUGCUGUGACGUCCAGUUAUGGAGCCAGUCAUGGUGGUAUUGGUGGUAGUCAGUCUGGAAACACCUAUGGGUCUGUCUUUACUCCAAAGGAACUUGGAAGUGGAGGUGGUGGAACCAAUGGCGGAGCAGGUGGUGGAUUUAUCAACUUCAAGGUCGGAAAUCAGCUCCACGUUGAUGGUGAUGUGAAAGCUAACGGAGAUUCUCCCACCUCUGGUCACUCUGGUGGAGGAAGUGGUGGUUCCAUAAUGGUAGAGGCUUACAAUGUUUCUGGGCACGGCUUAUUUGAUGCCAGUGGUGGUGAUGGUUAUGCUUCAGGAUGUGGUGGAGGUGGUGGACGUAUAGCUAUGCUUGUCGAUGCAGUAAAUACCUAUGGAGGUAUCUAUAGUGCCAAGGGUGGAAGUCGUGGUUCUAGCUCCUCUAACGUAGCUUGUGAUGGAGGACCAGGUACUAUAUAUAAAUAUGAGUCAAGUCGUGGGCCAACUUACAGGGAACUUAAAUACAAUCCACGUCUUAAUACCACAGGACUGAGCCCAGAGCAUUCCAAGCUUACUGUGGACAAUGGUGAUCUACUGACAGAACAACCAGCAAUGGUGAUGGAAAAUGCUACUGUGUAUUACGAAUUUGAUGAAGUUCAGGUUGAGGGUCACUCUUACGUUCAUUUUUACCAUCCAUCUAAUGCAGACAAUGUCACUGUCAUCAUCAAGGAGUUGACAGGUAACAAACAAGGCUUUGUCAGAGUACAGAGCAGGCAGCAGGUGAUCGUAGACUUCGUGGCAUCUACUCACACCUAUUUGGAUGCUCCAUGUGGCUUCCAUGUGGAUGCUUACGGUGAACUUGUUUUACCAACGGAAGUUUUUGUGACAACAGAGAAAGUCAUUGUAGGGGGAAGAUUGAUCGGUGUAGAAUCACUUACAAUUGAACGAAAUGCUGAACUCGUUCUUCAGGAUGAUGCACACACAAAGGAUAUUCGGUCUCUGGAAUUUUCCUACCUUAACACGAAAGGAAGUUCAUCCUAUACACCUGGUGACAUCUCUUUUGGUACGCUGAAUGUAAACAAUUUGGGUAAAGUGACUGUAUCAAUGGAUCCAUUAUUUGCAGAAAUAGCUACCGGAGACUUAACUGUUAAAAACGGAGGCACUAUGUCUUUGGAAACUCUACGAGUCAUGUUGAACAGCACAAACCUGAUAGUAGAGAAUAGUGGUGUGAUUACAGGAAGUGGCUUUGGUUUUGCCAAAAAUACAGGAACUGGAGCUGGCUCACAGGGCAGCUAUGAUGGAUCAGGAGGUGGCCACGCCAGCAGAGGUGGCACCAGUGAAUCUAAUGCAGCAGGUGGUGCUUACUAUGGUGAGGAGAUGAUGACUACUGAUCCUGGAAGUGGAGGAGGUGGUAGUUCAGGGACCGCUGGUGGCAGUCAUAUCUCCAUCAAUGUCGGACAGACCUUUAGUGUUGAAGGGACCAUAGAGAGUAAUGGUUUAGAUGGUACAAGUACAAUGUAUGCUGGAGCAGGGGCUGGAGGAAGCAUCUUCAUCACAUCUAACAAACUUCAGGGAUAUGGCACCAUCUCUGUGAACGGCGGCAGAUCCUACGAGGGCUACUACUCUGGUCACCAUACAUAUUAUCAAAAUGGUGCUGGAUCUGGUGGAAGGAUAGCUAUUUACUUGGGAGAACUGCCAAAUUUCCGUGGAACAUUAGUCGCACAAGGUGGCCUUGCUAACAAUGGUGGUUCAACGAAUCAGCACGGUGGCCCCGGGACAGUGUUUAUCAAAUCUUCCAUUGGAGACAGUAUACACCGAUAUCUCUGGAUUGAUAACCAGAACAGGGGCACACUGCUGUCAUGUUCCUUCCCAACUUAUAUCAACUCAACCAUCCUACAUACAUUAUACCUGCAGAAUCAGGCUUGUGCACGACUUUCUCAGUCAAAAGUUUUGAUCAGCUACCUGCAUGGUGGAUCUGGUUUGCUUUACUUGGAAAAUGAAGUUGAAAUGAACCAAGAGGAGCGUGCACACUUGAGGGCCAAUUUACAUGUACUAGCAGGGUCCAAAGCCGUGAUGCCACCUACUCUGUUUGUUGAGGAGACUUUGACAGCAGAAGGUGGCCUCAUUGGAGUGGAGCAUCUCUACACAAGAGGAGUGUCAAAUAUUAUCAAAACUGGAUUCAGCAUUUGCUCAACGACAAUCACACUGAAUUCUGAAUUUAAUUUCUACACGGUUACAAUCAUGGACGGUGGGCUUCUGAAGUUGACUGAUGAUGACAUGACAACUGCCUCUGGACUAUCCUUCAGAGCCUAUCAUGUUCACCUUGAAGACUCCGCCAAGGUAGAAGUUGAAGGUGGUGUUGAAUUCAUAGCAGGUGUGUUUGAUAUGGAAAAAGACUCAACCUUGAGUGGCAAUGAGUAUGGAUACGAGACUGCCUCUGGACCUGGAUAUGGCAGGAAAUGUGGCCCUGGUACAGGUGCUGGCCAUGGUGGCACUGGUGGCAGCGCUUCCUGUGGUUGUUCCUGUGGUUCCUGUGUGAGAGGGGUAGCCUAUGGUGAUGCCUGUACACCGUGGUUGGCAGGAAGUGGUGGUGGUAACUCUGUAUCUGGUACUGGUGGUGCUGGUGGGUCAGCAAUACGUAUUAUUGCAAGCCACGCAGCUUUCAUUGAAGGUGCUAUUUCCAGCAAUGGUGGGUCAGGGACCAAUGCUGCAGGUGGAGGCAGUGGAGGGUCUAUUUGGCUUGACAGCAAUAUCAUUGAAGGCUGGGGGUCUGUUGAUGCUGAUGGUGGGUCAGCAGGAUCAUACUGUCAAUCAAAUUGCUGGAAUGGAGGCUGCUGUUGUAAUAACAGAGGAGGUGGUGGAGCUGGUGGAAGGAUCAGAACUGUCACAGGCAAUUACACACAGAAAGUUCUCUACUACAACCGUGACUCUGGGGCAGGUUCUGGUAGUGGCGGUGCAGGUGGUGUCGGCACCCUCUGUGAUCACAGUGAUGACCAAUGUAGUGGUCAUGGAAACUGGACAGCUGGAGUUUGUGUAUGCAAUACAGGCUACUAUGGAAAUGACUGUCAGUACAGCUGUGAAUGUGGAUCACAUGGCUCCUGUAACAGUGAUGGCACCUGUGUAUGUGAUCACGGCUACAUUGGCUUUCACUGUGAGAGUACUUGUGAUGACAACACCACUUGUAGUGGGACAGGACAUUGUACCACCUGUGGGUCAUGCCUCUGUAAUGCCUGCUACCAUGGCAACGACUGCUCAAGUCUCUGUAGUGGUCAUGGAACUUGUGAUGCUGAUGCGUGUCUCUGUGACGCCUGCCACUUAGGAGAGUACUGUGAGUCGGAGUGUAAUGGACAUGGAACCUGUAAUGGUACUGCUUGUAUUUGUCAGUCAGGAUGGUAUGGUGCAAAAUGUACAAUUAAAUCAUGUGGUGGCCUCAACAAUAUACCCUGCUCUGGACAUGGAACCUGUCACGCCGCCAGCCAGACAUGCUUCUGUGAUCCUGGAUGGGAAGGCUCUGAAUGUGAGAACCCUGACUGCCCCGGUGAUGUUAACUGUAAUGCUAGGGGAAUCUGUAACACAGCCUAUGAGCCUCCCCGAUGUACUGACUGUGAUGUUGGAUGGAUGGGACCUGCAUGUGAUGAUCCUUGUGUCCAUGGUACAGCAAAUGCUGACAACACGAAUUGUACUUGUAAUAGUACCUGUUUCCACGGCAAAGGCUGCAACAUUCAGUGCUCUGAGCAUGGCACAUGUGACGUUAAUUACGACUGCUACUGUGAUCCAUUCAGUGGAUGGUCUGGCACCUUAUGCGAGAUUCCAGGCUGUCCAAGACAUCCAACCACCCUUGAGGAAUGCAGCGAUCACGGCACAUGUAACAGCUUCAACCAUAUCUGUGAAUGUGAUGCUGCAUGGAAGGGUGCUGCUUGUCACAUAGCAGACUGUCAGGGAGAACCAGAUUGCCAAGGUCGAGGCCAUUGUGAUGACACACUGAACACACCUCGAUGUAUCAACUGUACUGGCCCUUGGAUGGGCGUUGGCUGUGACGAGCCAUGUGUCAAUGGCACAGAGACCCCAUUAAAUUCAGGCACUUGUGUCUGUGAUCCUGGAUUUGCGGGUGUUGGAUGCGACUCGGAGUGCUCCGGUAAUGGUAUAAUUGUUGGUGGAGCCUGUGAUUGUGACUAUGUUACUGGAUGGAAGGGACCCUUAUGUGACAUACCAGGCUGUCCUGGUCUUUUCAACCUGGACUGUUCUGGAAGAGGAACCUGUAACAAUGCUCUACACUUGUGUGACUGUAAACCGGGCUGGAUGAACAUUGGCUGUGAGGAUGCUGACUGUCCAGGCUCUCCUGACUGUAAUGGACAUGGCACCUGUAACUCGACUCUUGACCCACCUGAGUGCAUGUGUACCAGCCCCUACUUUGGUGCUGACUGCAGCCAGAAUUGUGCUCACGGCACCAUCUUCCCCACCUUCAGUGAUAACUGUACCUGUGAUCCAGGCUGGGUUGGAAUUGAGUGUGAUGCGGAGUGUUCUCUACAUGGAACAUUCAAUGGUACCAUGUGUAACUGUGAUGUAAACUGGCGUGGGGUUGUUUGUGAGAUGCCUGGAUGUCCUGGAAUCGGUGAAGACUGCACAGGGCAUGGUGAUUGUAACACUGCUACACACAUAUGUACCUGUAAUGCUGGCUGGACCGGAUCUGGAUGUGAAAUUCCUGACUGUCCUGGUAACCCUGACUGUAUGGGCCGUGGAACCUGCGAUACAAACUUUGACCCACCAAAGUGUAUGAAUUGUGAAGUGGGAUGGAUGGGACCAGCAUGUGAUGACCCUUGUGUCAAUGGUACACAGGAUCCACCCAAUAGUGGUUUUUGUAAGUGUGAUGCUUGUUACUUUGGCAAGGGCUGCAACAGCGAAUGUGCAGGAAAUGGACAGUGCAUGGCAGGUGUGUGUGAAUGUGACACAAGCUGGCGAGGAUCACUUUGUGAGGUACCAGGCUGUCCAGGAACAAACUAUGACUGUUCCAAACACGGAGAAUGCAACAGUGCCAAUCAUGAAUGUACCUGUUUCCCAGGUUGGACUGGCUUGGCUUGUGAUGAAGCAGACUGUCCCAAUAACUGCACACAGAAUGGAAUAUGUAAUACUACAGACGUUGUAGUCCCAGAAUGCUCCUGUUUUGAUGACUGGAUGACAUUUGACUGCAGUAAGCCAUGUGUCCAUGGUAACAAAACUGACAAUAUUCGCUGUGACUGUGAUCCUUGCUACACUGGAGCAGGCUGUGACCUUGAGUGUUCUGGCAAAGGUCACUGUGACAAUGGAGCAUGCAACUGUACCAGACUGCCAGGAAAUGCCUAUGUGGGUAGCUUGUGUGAGGAAAAAGGCUGUCCUGGUGCUGAUGGUGCUUGUAACCAACAUGGCAGCUGUAAUUCAGUCCUACAGGAAUGCACCUGUUUCCCUGGUUAUAAGGGAUACGACUGUUCAGAACCUAGCUGUCCGGGGACACCAGAAUGUUCAGACAAAGGUACCUGUGUUGCUGGAACGUGUAUGUGCGAUUCAGACAGAAUAGGGGACUAUUGUCAGCUGCCUUGUUAUAAUGGCACCAACAUCAAUGGAGAGUGUGUCUGUAACAAGACCUGUAUCACUGGCCCAUUCUGUCACCUCGAAUGCUCAGGAAAUGGGUUAUGUGAUGCCAACGGUGACUGUGUCUGCGACUUCAACGCUGGCUUCAAGGGUGACAAGUGUGACAAACCUGGCUGUCCAGGAUGGCCCGAGAACUGCAUGGGGCAUGGUUCCUGUAAUGAAAUCACUGGAGAAUGCCAGUGCGACUCCAACUGGAAACAGCCUGCCUGCGCUGUGCCUGAAUGCACAAAUGACUGUAACAAUGACCCUGAUGCUCAGUGUCUGGAGCCACCUGGUGGUGGUAUACCUCGAUGCUUCAACUGUUCCUCCAACAAAAUGGGGGAUGCCUGUGAAUAUGACUGCUUCAAUGGUGUGGGUGUGAGGGAUGCCAAUGGUAACUGGGAAUGUCAAUGUGAUUCCUGCUACAGUGGAACAACUUGUGACAUGCUCUGCAAUGGGCAAGGUUCCUGUACAUUGAGUGGAAUAUGUGACUGCGGCUUCAAUGGUUACAGAGGAAUCUUGUGUGAAACUCACGGUUGCCCUGGUUAUGAUGUUGACUGCAGUGGACAUGGAAUCUGUGGCGGGUCUCACAGCUGUAUCUGUGAUGCAGGUUGGACUGGAAUAGGUUGCCAUAUUGGAGCAUGUUCUAACAACUGUACUGGGCAAGGGGUCUGUAUCGACACACUCAACCUGACAACCCCCUACUGUUCUUGUGAUGCUAAUUACUUUGGCUCAGCUUGUGAGUAUAUCUGCACAAAUGGUUCCAUGGCCAACGGUACCUGUGUUUGUGACCCAUGCUUCGAUGGACUUGAAUGUGAAACAGAAUGCUCCAACAGAGGCACAUGUACAAAUGGUGUGUGCGAAUGUGUAAGUAGUCGAGGCACCCUCUGUGAGACCAAUGGAUGUCCCGGGCUGUACAAUUUAGACUGUUCUGGUCAUGGGUCUUGUAAUACGGCCACAAGUUCUUGUAGCUGUAAUACUGGCUGGAUUGGCACCGACUGUGCAACCCCAGAUUGUCCAUCAAAUUGUAACAACCGUGGCCACUGUAAUACUACUUACACUGUGCCUGUAUGCACAGACUGUGAGAAGGGCUGGAUGGGAAGUGCCUGUGAUAUCCCAUGUAACGGUACACAGUCUCCUAUGGACAGUGGCAUUUGUGUGUGCGACAGCAACUGUCAGCAUGGUACAAGCUGUGACUUAAGUUGCAGCAAUGUCGGAAGCUGUGUCAAUGAUAGCUGUGUCUGCACUGACUCGACUGGCUACAGUACAGGAGCCUGGGGUACACACUGUGAAGAAAGUGACUGUCCUGGACGUAAUCUGCCCUGCAGUGGUAAUGAAAUAUUCUGUCUUAAAACUCUACCUGCACCUAUGUGCAUGUGUAAAGCUGGAUAUUUUGGUUUAGGCUGUGAGAAUGUGGACUGCCCAGGCACGCCGGACUGCAGUAAUCAGGGAGUAUGUCAAAGUGAUGCUACUUGCCUUUGUAACAACAUGACUAUGGGCUUAAUGUGCGAGUUUCCAUGUGAGAUGGGCACUGCUGUCCAGACUGGUAACACCUUCAGCUGUGAAUGUGACAACUGUAUAUCAGGGACUGGAUGUGACAGCGUCUGUAACGGCCAUGGAACAUGUAAUGCAACAGGCUCAUGUAUUUGUGAUUCGGCAUGGUGGGGAGACCGAUGUACAGUACCUGGGUGCCCAGGUAUUGGGUCCAGCUGUUCUGGUCAUGGUAACUGUCUGGCUGGUUCCUGUUCUUGUGACCAGUACUACAAGGGAGCGGGAUGUGAGGAGGUUUACUGUACUGAUGACUGCAACAACAGAGGUACCUGUGACUACACAAACUACUGGCCCCCAAAGUGUAUCAACUGUAAUGACUCCAUUGGACCUAAAUGUGAGAAAGACUGUAUACACGGGACAGAGUUAUCUCCCUUCAGCACUGUCUGUGUAUGCGAGAGCUGCUACAGUGGGUUUGACUGUUCUAUACAAUGUUCCAACCAGGGGUUAUGUAACUCCACCUCAAACAGCUGUGAUUGUGAAACUGGCUUCAAGGGCAGUAUUUGUGCUGACUUGGAUUGUCCAGGAGAACCUGACUGCAGUAAUUACGGUACAUGUAUGAGAAGUAACAAUGAGUCUAUCUGUUCCUGUAAUGCUGGGUUUACUGGAGCUGACUGUUCAGACUUCAUCUGUCCUGGUACACCAACAUGUAGUGGUAAUGGUGCCUGUAUAUUGGCCACGGGAUCUGUCGCUCCUUCUUGUGAUUGUAACCAUGGCUUUGGUAGUCUGGACUGCUCCUCCUGUCUGACACAUUUUGCAGCUCCCAACUGUGAUAAGUGCGAGUCAGAUUACAUUGGCUACAAUACGACCUGUGGCACUCUCUGUAAACAUGGCUAUGCUACAGUACCAGGUGGCGAUGUGUGUGAAUGUUACGAUGAUGAUGUGAAUGGACACUGGACUGGUCAAGCUUGUGAUGUAUGUCAGGAUGGAUGGGCACUUCCUUCUUGUACCAGCUGUUCCCUCAACUAUGUUGGGCCAGGCCACUGUAGUAUAACAUGUGUCACUGGCCAGGGUGUGUACGCAGACAAGUAUGAUGGCAACAAUAUCACGACCGGAGUACAGCCUGUCUUUAACUGUUAUACAGAAGAGAGUAAUGGACAGAAAACAGCCUGGUUUGGUUACAUCAACACCAAUAUGCACAAUGUGUAUGUCACAUCUGAUUCAGAAAACUAUCUAAUGAAAUCAGACCUGACCAAGUACCAACCACUGACAAUGUUCAAGGCCAAUACUGCUGUGGAUUAUGUCUAUUCUGAAGGACCCUUCAAUGCCUCUGAAGUACUCACCUGGAAUCUAAGAACAACUCUGGCGAAUUCAGAUGCAAGCUUAACUGUACCUCUGGCAACAGCAGCACUCUGUUCCUUUACUCCUUCACAGCCAAUAUUUACAGAUACCACUGGAUACUGUAAAUGUGUUGAAGGCUAUUGGGGACCUUCCUGCGAAUAUGAUUGUCCAGGAGGUGGAUUGAACAGUUGUUUUGGUAAAGGACAGUGUAAUUCAACAACUGGAGAUUGUACAUGUGUGAUUGGAGCUCAGGCUAGCACCAAUUGUUCUGUUUGUCACACUGGCUGGACAGGAGAUGACUGCAGUAUCGCAGUUAUUGGAGGAGGAGGAACAACAGGCUCAUCCUCUAAUUCAAGCAUAUUUUACGAAAGUGGUGGUGUGAAGACUUUUGAUGGAUCCGUGAUGACUGUACAAUCCCCAGGAGAGUAUAUACUAGCUGAAGGGACAUUAACUGGCACAGGUGAAGCACUGGAAGUACAUGUUGUAAUGUCACCGGGCACACUAGGCAUAACGUCCACAUUAAUGGCAAGUGUGUCUGUGGGAACAGAUACACUGGUGGUAGUUGCUGGUGACGGAAACAUAGACGAUACCAAAACUUACUUCAAUGGUGAGGAAACAAGCAUUGGUUCAGGGUUGCCGAUAGGAUCAGUCACUUGUGUGAGGAGAGCCACCACCAAGAUUGACUGUUCUGAUAACACAGAAGUCAAUGUCACUAUUGAUAUUUCAACCUCUUCCCUGCCUGUGGUGAAGGUCGAUCUGGAUCCUAGUACCUGCAGCAGUACCAAAGGUCUGUCUGGUCACUGUGAUGGAGACUCUACCAACGAUUUCAAAACUUCGUCUGGAACUGUUUUGACAGGAGUGUCAUUAACACAGACUUCUCUUCAGGAUGAGUUUGCUUACUCCUACAAGGUUUCAUCAGGAAACUCUGAUGUAUCUGAUGUGGCCCCUGUUCCAAGCUGGGGAGGAAACGGUCUUGCAAUUCAUGGCAGAAGUGUGGAAAUUGAGUCUUUGAAAUCUUUUGCAGAAGAUGUAUCCCUUGAGAUUAAGUUCUACCUAAAUGAAGUCACCAGGUCAUAUCAGACAAUUUUCUCGUACAACUCGUAUGACGGUGUCAAUGUUUUCUGUACCUUGGUCAAAGACGGUGCAUUACAUCUUUAUACUUAUCACAACAGUGACUUCCGUACAUUCCCAUCACUUAUCGUAGAAGCUUAUACAUGGUACCAUUAUACUUUAGUAUGGAACCAUGCAUCCAAGAGACUGAGUCUUUAUUUGACAAAAGAAGACUUGAGUCAAACCACAGACUUUACUGUCUAUGACCAGAGCUAUCCUACCCCGAUGGAACCUGGUGGCACUUUGUCGUUAGGAUUUACUCGGUCAGAUGUUGAAUAUGCUGCAUGGGUGAUGCGAGGAAAGAUAGAUGACAUUCGGCUGUACAAGAAGAUGCUUUCCUCAAUUGAAAUCCGGAAUACUGCAUUCACUGUACUUGGGUGCUCCACUGUAUCCAUGUUGUCCAACCGAUGGACAUUUGAUGAAGGAAAGGGGACUGAAGCUGUUGAUGCGGUCAGUCAUGUCUAUAUGAAAUUUAAUCCCUUUGAUCUACCAGAGUGGGUUCUUGUUAACUACACAAUGUCAUCAUGUGCAAGUGUCAGCUCAGAAAUAUAUGAACUACUGGAGACCAACACAGCAGAUCCUGUUCUAACCAGCCAGUGUGAAGAAGUUUCUACCCAAUUCCGUACAUCUUGUGAAAGCAAAAUUGGAAAUGCUGCUUUUGAGAACCUUUUAGAAAAUUGUUUCUUAAAUUCAUUGUUAGAUGAUGAAGCUCCUCUUAAGCACUUGGAAUCACUGAGCGUUAUAUGUGAUACUCCAGUGAAUGACAUCAACUGGCCUGGAAGGACAUUAUGUAACUCUUUCCCCAUGGAAAAGUUCCCUCUGUGGAAGGGCUCAUCGUGUAGCAUGCAGUGUGAAUCAGGAACUUGGGACAGUGUGACCAGCACUUGUCAAUGUCGUGAUGGAUUCUGGGGAGAACAAUGCGAUGGUGUAUGCCCAAGCUUCUUACAAAAGACAUGUGGAGGAGGUACAUGCAACAUUACGAACGGUGUAUGUACAUGUCCACCAUUCCUGGACCCAGCUCACAACUGUCAGAGAUGCAUUUCAGGGUUUGAGGGCUCGGACUGCUCAGUAAUGUCUGCCACCAUUUCUGGGGGUGCUACUGACGGAGUGUGUAGUGCUUUUGGAAGGGCCAACUUCAUCAUGUUUGACGGUCAAUCAUUCGUGCUGAAAGCAGCUAGAACAAUGAAACUUGUGGCAACGUCCAACUUUAAUGUGUACAUAAAGCUUGCAUUGUGUGGAGGUUCAAAUGUCUCUUACUGUGUAAAACAGACGUGGAUUGAAUCACAGAACGAAAACUUUACUAUGCAGUCUCCAUUAGGGGAUGGAGGUAAUUUCAACCUUUACCAUAAUGGAACAGCACUCAGUUUCGAUCAGGAGUAUGAUUUCACUGGAUCUAUUAAAAUAGUCAAACAUGACAAAAACACUCUCCGAUUAGAUGUCCCAGACGGAACUAUCUAUCUUAGAGAAGAUACCGAUUUCAUUUCUACUACCAUUUCUUUGAAGAAGUCUUCAUAUGCCUCUCAAACGUCGUGCUUGUGUGGGAACUUCGAUGGUAACACCAACAACGAUUUUGAAACAACAACUGGUACAGUAUCUCUUACUGACAUUACCCAGAAGGGAAUUGACGAGUUCCAGGAAAUAAAUACUAUUCCACCAACAUCAGACACUGCCUUUUCUGACAGUUAUGAUGGGUUCACUCUACCCACAAUGCCAAAAGGGUUUGGAUUGCUGGUCAAUGGAUCUGGUGCAAUUUCACUCCCAAUGACUGACACCUUCAGCAGUGGUGGCAGUGGUUGUGUACAGCUGAGAUUCAAAACAGAAACUGACAAAGGAAUGAUAUUAGGUUACAAGGGGACAACAUCUUCAAUGUCAGUGAACCUCAACGGUUCUUCUAUCAUUGUACGCUGGGGAGGGAAAAUCAUGGAAACAAACUUCAGUGUGAAUAUAAAUCAGUCAUAUGACAUCUCACUUUCAUACGAUGACACCACAGAAUCCCUUCGUACAGAUGUGAUAACUGGAGGCAUCUUGGAGUACACUGAAACCUUCCAAAACUGCACCGCCAGAGUGUUUAGUGACGAUGGAUUAGUUCGGAUAGGCAGCUGGAGUGAUGAUCCUCCCACGUCGAUGGAGAAGGAACCUUUUAUUGGAGAGGUGGAUGAUUUGAAGACUUUCAACACUUCUCUCAAGAUUAACGAGACCCUUUAUACUGUAAGCCAUGACCUGGACAACAGCUUCUAUGGUCUUAGCACUAAAUUCACAAUGGGGGAAGGAGAUGGAAAUCUGGCCAUUGAUAGCAUUCAAGGACAUAAAAUAUUUCUCCUUGGAAGUACGGUGUAUUUCCCCAACGAUAACGAGGAUGAUGCUAGUUCCUCACCCAACCUUCCAACAACAUUCACAACUACUGCUGAAGAUAUUUGUGCCAAUUUGACAACCUCAGUAGGAAAGACUUGUUCAAGCCUGGGUACACAAAUGAAGGAACAUUACUAUACCAUUUGUGUGAAUGACAUGAUCGAAAGUGGAGAUUCUGAAGCAUAUAUCACUGUUGUGCAAGCAUAUGCUGACUAUUGUGACAAUGCCUUGAAUCCUGUGAAGUCAUCUUUGGAAGAAAUUUGUGAGGACAAGACAUCAGACCACUACCUGCAUCUGUGUCUAUAUCAGUGCAAGAUUGGGUAUUUCAACCCAAUAACCAGAGAGUGUGUAUGUGAAGGAUCGUGGGGCGAAUACUGUGAAAAUGUCUGCCCAGGAGGCGUGGAAACUCCAUGUUCUAACAACGGUAAUUGUGAGAGAGACACCGGAAAAUGUACCUGUAAACCCAGUCAUGACAAUGCCACUGCCUGCUCUACCUGUCUUCCUGAAUGGACAGGUACACACUGUGACAUUAUGGUGAAUCCACCAGCCCCAACGACUACUCCAAGUCCUCCCACUACUACAGUUCCUGGAGCUACCACACAACCGCCUGUCAUCACCCCUUCAAGGUCUACAUUUGGUAUAUCAGAUCAGUGUCAUGUGAAAACAUUCCAGAACAUCAAAUAUAACUUUGAUACUGUUGGAGAAAAUUAUAUCACAAAGAAUGUCAAUUCUGCUACUCCUGAUAUUGCUGUCCGUACAGUUUACUGCGAAACAGAGGCAGUCUGUGUUGAUGCAGUCUCGGCGAAAUUUUCCACCUCUGAAGUAGUGCUGCAGGCUGGCGUCACAUCUACUGACGACAUCCAAGUUUGGAUUAAUGGUCAGAGGCAUUCGUUUGAUUUGAAUGAUACCAGUAUACACCCAGAUAUCACCAUCAGGGAAGUGUCCAAAAAUGAGUUUGUUAUUGAGAGCAUUACUGGGAAUUUCACCAGUAUUCGUGUCAGACAAGUAGACCAACGUCUAAGUAUGGUUGUGACUAUGGACGAUACACUAUGUGACACACAGACUUAUAUGGCUGGAGGAAUCUCCACUGGCCCAUUAACCCAGACAUACAGUACAGACUGGGCAGUCAAUGCAUCAGAUAGUGCUUUUAAUGUCUUAGCUGCUAGUAGCUCCUCCUCGUCCUACAACCCCUCGGGAUACCAACAGUCAGUACCAACUGCAGGAAGCAGUUUGUAUUUCAACAACUCUGUUAUACGAAGCAGAUUUUUGCAAGAUGUCAUCGAUCAGGAUAAGGAUUUUACAGUUGGCGUAUCUAUUCGUCCAGAAGAUGGAAACGGAACUGUAAUUGUAAUGGAAAACAAAGCCCCAGUUUCCGUGUUCAUGGAAAAUGACAUAUAUAAAGUCCGUAUGGGGGAUGAAAUAUAUGACACUGGUAUUCUUGUUUCACAAGACGAAUGGCAAUGUAUUUCCAUUGCAUUUGAAUCGUCAUCUAGAAAGGUGGACUUUUACAAAGCUACUAGUUCAAACGUGGAGCAAAAAUCCUUCUUCAAUACAAAUGAGGAUGUAUUUGAAACAGGUGGUUUUAUCAGCUUAGGGCAACCUACAUUAGUGGAUGUGCCCAAGUCAGACGGCGAGAGUAAAUAUUUUACUGGAGAAUUGGACGAACUGAAAAUUGACAACAAACCAUUAACAUAUAAUGAGAUAGUAGCUACAGCCUUGUCUCGGGUUCCAGACCCUGCUCCUACCUUGGUAACCCACGUAGACUUCAAUGAGGUUGAGGGGAAAUACAUAAAUGACAACAUUGGCAAUACUGACUUUUUCCUAGUAGAUUCUCCCGUGUCAACAACUGCACCUAAGCGACAGACAUCAAGUCUGGUGCUACCAGAUAUAGCAGUCAAGUCAUCACACAUCAAUUCUAACAGUACAAUCCAGGCUGAAAUAGAUUCAGCUUGCAGAGCUGCUGUUUAUGUUUCAGCAUUUAGUGCCUGUGAAAAUGCCCUUCCAGGAUUUCUGGAUUAUGCCUUCUUUAUGUGUAGAAGUGAUAUGGCCUCCACCGGGAAGAACACAACAAUACUGAACACUGUUAUUUACAUGGCGGACAUGUGUGAGCCAACUGUUGGUACCUGGCCAGCGAAGUCUUUAUGUAACGAUUACCCAGCAGAAGAGUUUCCAAACUGGUAUGGCCCUAAUUGUGAUGUCAUGUGCAAAAGUGCAAUUGGUGUAGAUAGCAAUGGGGUUUGUAUUUGUAAAGAUGGUUACUAUGGUGCUACCUGUGAUAGAAUCUGUCCAGGAGGAACAAUUAGUCCAUGUAACAACAGAGGUUUGUGUAAUCAGACGACUGGAGCCUGUACCUGUCAGUUUAACUGGGAAGGACCAGGAUGUACCAGCUGUAUAUCAGGUUUCUACGGGGAAAGUUGUGCUAUCAAUGUUCAAGACACUACCUUCUCAGGUUCCAAAAAUUAUGCUAGUUUUUCAGGAAAUGGUCAUUUACAUGCACUUGAUGGAGCUAGUGUCCCAUUCCACCUGAACGGUCCCUACACCUUUUACAAGGAUUCAACCAUCAACAUUCAAACCCUCACAGGAUCGUGUAAGGAUUUCUCAACCUGUGUUGGUAAAACGGCUAUCAAAAUUGGUUCAGAUGUUGUAGAAAUAAGUCCAACACAGCCAAAUAACAUCACUCUGAACGGUAACGCACUAGAGGUUGUGACAUCGCAACCAAUUGGUUCAACAGGUUACUCGCUCGUGAGAGAUGCCAAAAACAAGGUCAAAAUCAGGUCAACAUCUGGGGACUUUGAUCUUGGUGUUACAACCAAUGAUGGUUAUAUCAACUUGGAUUUGGAAGUAGAGACUUCAAAUUGCCAGUCAAGCACUGGAUAUGUAGGUUUCUGUCAGAACAAGAACCAUGCCUGCUCAUCUACAGACCAUGCCUGCAUUGUGAAGGGCAUUGGUAUAGCAAAAGCCAGUAAAACCGUGACAAAUUUGAAAUCAGAAGCAGUGAUUGAAUACUUUGACCAAUUCAAAGUAGAUGAUGCAGACUCUAUAUUCACAAACAAGAUGGGAAGCACUGGCUUUGGUGUGGAAAUCACUGAGAAUGGCUUCCUGUCUACAGCACCACUUGCUGAAGACUUUUGGACAGAGAGUACAACAUCAGAUUAUGUCAGCAUGGAGAUUCAAACAGUACUCUCAAACAUCGAUCGGACUGGGAGCAAUGGCACACUGAUCUCUUAUGGAGAAGACCAGACAUUUGCUAUCACCAUAGUAAAUGGCUUUUUCAUGAUACGGUAUGGAAAACUGGAAUUCAAUACCUCUGUGAGUGUUCAGGAAGAUGUCUCCAGCCAAGUGGCAAUAGUCUACAACAAUGCAACAGGCAAACUUUUAUUCAACUAUGUGUAUAUUGAUCCACCUAAAGGGAGAAACGAGAGUGUUUCAAAGCAAGCGUUUGUUGACAUACCCCCAGGAGCCUUUACAAAGGAAGGAUCUCUAGCAGUGGGUGCUUGGAUGCCGACUAUGGGUGAUGCAGGAACACUUCCCACUGGAACAUUUUGUGGGGUUAUUGACAGUGUGUAUUUGUUUGAAGAAGAAUUGUCACCAACAGAAGUGUACAUCGACUUUCAGACACCAGUAGACAGAGACAAAGAUAGCCUUGUUCUUGGAUUUGAGUUCCCUGAAGGAUCCGGCAAAAGUUCUGUUGACUUUGUCCAAGGUGCUAACAUUGGAUUUAGUGACAUAGGAACAAAAUGGGUUGAUUCAAAUACAACCUUAACUACAGCAGUCCCUACAACUCUAGAGGUGGCAAGUACAACAAAUGUGUCAGAUGACAUUGUCAAUAUGUGUAAAGACCUUAUACUGUCAAGUUCAAUGGCCCAGGAAUGUUCGUCCAUGACCAAUAGUUUACAGUCACAUUUCCUUUCCUGUGUUGAUGACUACCACUUGUCCUCCGACAUUUCUGCCACACUUGAUAGCACUUUGGACAUGUCAGAAUUGUGCCAGACAAAGGAAAACCUUGCGACACCACCAGCACAACAGCUCUGUGGAGUCUAUUCGAACACAGAUGCGGAAUUCCCUCUUGGCAAAGGUCAGUCCUGUUCUACAAUGUGUAUGUUUGGAUAUGUCAAUGAUACAACAGACCAGUGUGUCUGCUCUCCCGGUGCUUAUGGGGAAUCUUGUGACAAGGAAUGUACAGGUGGGUUCUCAACCCCCUGUAACAAACACGGCAUCUGUGACAAGACAACUGGAACUUGUUCCUGUGAAGAAAACUGGAGUGGUAGUAGUGACUGUUCCUCCUGUACCUCAGGACUCACUGGGGCCAAUUGUGACUCCUUCAUCCCUUCAAUACCAAAAGGGAAACCUGUCUGUACGACCCGGGGAGCUGGAUCAUACCUUAAUUUUACAGGCUACAACAACAAGGUCACAGAGACUGGAAUUAGAGACCUGUAUGUGAUGGACAACCUCAGAGUUGCUGCCUACUAUUCAGUGUUUAAAAAUGCUAGAGGACGAAUGCGAAUUCGUACAGAAAAAGUUGCCCUCGAAGUCCAUAACACCACUGUUGUGUUCCUCCUCAACACAACAGCUGUUGUUACAGAGACAAACAAAAAGCUCUGGAAUUCAAUAUACAUCAACCAAGAAAAGGCAGUAGUCUCCAAAAAGAACAAAAAGAAUAUAUUUGUCAACAACGGAGACUGCAAACUCAAAAUAAGAAAUCCAAGAAAUCGCAGAUAUGUGGUCAAACUGGAUGACAUUGGCUUCAAGAUGGUAGUGCAGCCACGUAAAAACAACAUUCUUACUGUCAUUAAGAUUGCGGAGGACUACUGUUGUAAUGCUAUAGAACGAGGUAUUUGUGGAGAUUGUAAUGGCUGUAUGGAAUCAACUACUUGUGGUAUUGGCAAUACAACAGCUAUCAUAGCAUCAGCAACAACAACACCAACGCCAGCAACAAGUACUGCCAACCCGGUGAGUGGCUCCCAGUCUACUACCUCUGACUGUGUGUUCGAAGUUUCUGAUGUUGCGGCAUGUUCCAGUGGAGAGAGUCAGGGUGGAGGAAAUACGGUGUGCUUCAAUGAUUCCUCUAUAAUUGCCAGAAACUUAGAUGUAUUCAAUUCUAGUUUCAUCACACUUGAGUUCCUGGUCAAGACCUGUGCAUCACCAGAAUGCUAUGGAACAAUGUUGUCAUUCACCAAGUUUGAGACAUUCACCAUAAAACACCUUGGUACUGUAGUGUUAGGAUAUGGAAACUAUGUAUAUGAUACUGGUCUAACACUGGAAGAUGACCAGUGGAAUCAGAUAUCUCUUGUUAUUGACAGUAGAAAGUUGUGGAAGAGACUCUUUAUCUAUGUGUUUAACUCAGCUGGCAUGAUUAAAUAUGACAAGAUGAUAUACAAAGGAGUUACCCCCCUUAUCAAUGACGGUACCAUGGUACUUGGUCGCUGGCAGCCAUCCUCUGAUGGAGGAAGUGAGCAACCAUUAGACGAACACUUUGUAGGAUGUAUAGAGGAAUUACGAAUUUGGAAUUCGUACUUUUCAACGCUGAGCAUCCUUACCCACUGGAACAGGGCUUAUGAUCCUGUUACGGAAGAUAAUCUACAAAUUCUUUGGAAAUUUGACAGAGAAGAAGAACUAAAGACCUAUGAUGAGAGUGAUACUUACUACUUUGAAACCUUACCUAACCCAUUCCAAGGAGGACUUCUUGUAGCAUCAACAGCACCAGUACCAUUCUACGAAUCCUCGUACGAAGUUGUUGGAACUGCACGCCGCAGGAGGAAACGAUCAGUGACGGUCAAUUACAACACAUUCUGUGAUCGUGUUUUCACAUCCACUGCAUUCUCCAGUAUUUGUGCCCCAUCUGGAGCCUCUGUUCAGACUUACUACCAGGGUCAGUGUUCAAGCGCUGUAGAUGAUGAUGAACUAGAAGAUGUUUUACUGGACUACUCCACCUACUGUGAAAAUGUCCUGUCUUUGAGUACCUGGCCUGGCUACACCCUUUGCAAUGACACUGACUUCAACACAAUGUUUGGCAGCUACUGUAAUCCAGAGUGUUACUACGGGACCAAGUCAGGCACAGAUUGUGUCUGUCUCUAUGGCUACUGGAACACUACAUGCGACACAGAAUGCCCUGGUGGCGCCACUAAUCCAUGCUCUGGACAUGGUACGUGUGAUGGUGAUACUGGCCUUUGCACAUGUCCUGUAAACUAUCAGGGAGCUGCAGACUGUUCUUUAUGUACAUCUGGAUGGAUUGGAACUGAUUGUGAAAUAUCCGAGAACCUUGCCAUGGUAACAGAUACACGACUUGCCUCCUCUAAUCAACUAGGAUAUAUGUACAACUUGGAUGGACUUGGUUUUCUUGUCAGAACCAUUGGAGAGUAUAUUUUACUGAUGAUCAGUGACAAUGUUCUUGUUGAAGCAAAGAUGGUGAGCUGCUACCAUAACUUUACGUGUACCACCUUUAUGUCCUUCAGGAUUGGUGACAACACUAACGGUUACAUGCAAGUUACCAUUCAAACUCCAACCAAGCCAUUUACAAAUCCCACUGUUUACUUGAACAAUGCUCUGUAUUCAUUGGAUUCUCCAAUCUAUUACCAAGGCUUUUCCAUGGAGAGAGAAACAGUCAAUAGUUUGAAAUUCACAAUAAACAACGAUGUAGUUCUGUUGGUUCGAGUUCAGAGUCGGUUCCUGACCCUGCAGGUUACAAUGCCUUUAAGUCUUCUUCCUGUCACACAAGGAUUACUGAGUGGGUCUGGUUCUACCUUGAGCAGUGACAAGUUACAGCACUUGCAGCAAUCACAAAGUGUACAGCUGGGUGUAUGCAACUCCGUGGCUGGUACCCAGGCCUACUCAUCCACACCAGUGGGAGGAAGUAUCACUUGGUCUAGUGUGAACAUCAACAGAACAGCCUCUGCAAAUACCUUCACCGACAUCAGCAGGUAUCAAGUCCAGACAUGUGACAAGAUCAUCUACUAUCCCGAUGCUUCUUAUGAGGCACAGAUGAAUGGCGGAUACAGUCUGAAAUAUGAUACCUCUAUUGCCAUGGCAGAGGUUAUUGACUUCAACACUCUUGCUGGAACAGAUAUUACCUUUGAAUUUGUGGUCAAAUUGUAUUCAACAAGCACUUACGGCGGAGUUUUGUUUUCCUUUGUCAAUGAAAAAUCUCUAGUUGUUCAAAGCAGAGAUACUAUCGAAAUAAUUUAUGAUGGCACAACGUAUGCCUCCAAUUUAACCUUGGAACGAGAUGUGUGGAUAAAGAUGGUGGUAGUGUACCAAGGAGCAAGUGGACAAUUUGAUAUUUACCAAUUCAACAGCACUGGAUUUGUUUACAGAUAUACUGAUACACUUCCACUUGGAGUGUUUACCAACUCAGGCACUUUGUCCUUAGGACAGUGGAUUCCUGCAAAGCUGACAACAACACAAACACAACCAGUGAGUCUUUCUGGCGAAUUGGAUGAUUUUCUGGUAUGGAGGAUUAAGAUCGAACCUAAUGUAAUUGUAGAUGUCUGGAGGAUGCAUCCACUUGAUGUCAGCCAUCUACUGCUUCUGAUGUGGACAUUUGAUGAAGGUUACGGGUCAACCUCAUAUGAUGGAUUACAGGGCAAGACAUUCACUUUGCCUGAAGCUCCCUGGUCAGUACCAACAUGGGUUCCUUCUGACUUGGUUUACGAUAGACUGUCCUACCCAGGCAUUUCUGAUGUUUUCUACACCAGUGAUGCUCAGAGGUUGCAGGGAGAAGAAAUUUGUACAGAAAUAACCAAUUCUACAUCUCAGUUAGGAGCACUGUGCAGCGCCAUAACAGAGUCAACAAAGCAAGUGUUUUACCUGCAGUGUCUCCAUGCACUUACCGGCAGUAGAGACAGUAUUCCUGCGUAUGAUGUUGUGGUAUCCUAUGCUGAGAUUUGUGAUCACUCACUGAACAUAACAACUGCUGAAACAGCAAUAUGUAGCCAGCUGGACCAUGAUUCCAAGAUAAACACUCUCUGUGACACCAGUCAGUCCUGUUCCUUUGGAACACCACUCUUGAAUGGAUCAUGCAUCUGUACUUCUGGUUACUAUGGUACAACCUGUUCUAGCCAGUGUCCUGUAAGUUCAUCCAACCCAUGCAACAACAAGGGAGUAUGUGACGCCUUGGGAACGUGUACAUGCGACUGGAACUGGGGCGGUACCACUUCCUGUACUUCCUGUAGUAACGGAAUGGAUGGUCUUGAUUGUCAGGUGUUAGUCACUUCAGCCAUCACUUCAAGUGGCAGUCCAGUUGCUUAUGUGAGUGGAUCCGGAGCUUUCAUGGGAUUCAAUGGCAAACAAGUAGCACUCGAAGAUUUGAACGGUCUUUACACUGCCUUUUACAAGGCAGGAAAGAUAGACAUCCAAGUGUACAAAGUUAGCUGCCAUGUUGGUUCAUGUAUUGCGGCAAUUGGUAUAGCAACAACCGAUGACGAAGUUGUUAUUGUAUCCGGAGGUGCUGAUGCAUUGCCACUUGUUUAUGACAACAAUACACUAGUUACAUUGACAACCCUGUCAACGGACCUUAGUUCAACCUUCAAAGUAGAGGUGAAAUCUCUCCGAACGGUAGAGCUGACAGUGAAGACACCAGAAACUACAACAAUUACACUUCUGAUGCAGGAUUAUUCUAUUGAUAUGACGAUUAAGACAGUGACUGCUGUCUGCACGGGUAGUUCAGGGAUCAUUGAAGCUUGUGGAGCUACCAGUGUCUACACAAGUAUGAACAACACCGACCUUGAAACCCAUAUCAAUACCAACUACAGGGCAACCUCAGGGCCAGUUGUCAACACACUUGGGUCAGGCAUUAUUGGGGAUGCCGGAUUUUCCCUUGCAUUCAACAGGACAGCAGCCACAACAUCGGAGAUUCAAUAUGGGUCCAGCUACUCUCUGAAUGGAAGAAACUUUAGCAUCAGUGCUUACUACAAACCAAAUGCAGAUGGCGGUGUCAUCAUGUCUUAUGGCAGAAAUACAACCUUUGCUAUACUCAACACAAACCCACUUGCUCUACAAUGUGGAACCACAGUUGUUGAGAGUUCAGCUUCGUCAACCAUUGGUUCCUGGAACCAACUUGUACUAUCCUUUGACACCAGCUCUAGCACAUUAAACUUGUACCACUACAGUACAAGUACAAGCAUCAUAUAUCAAACCCUGUCCUUCAGCUGUUCAAAUGUAUUUUCUGCUAAUGGAACAAUCGCUCUUGGUGCCUGGACACCUUCAGUCGAUGACAUAAAACAUACGGUGAACGCUUCCUAUGAGGGAUACAUCGAUGAAGUUUCGAUCUGGACUGAAAUAAUUCCUACUGAACUCAUCUUCCAAGCCCAGAGUUUAAACGUAAAAGUAUCUGGAUUUGCCAGUAAAGUGUCAUCUCUUUACAUGUUCUCAGCAGGAGUUGGAUAUAGCGUCUACGACAGCAUCCAUGGUAACACCAUUGAUUUGCCAAGAUCACCAUGGCAAUCUCCCACGUGGACUAUUUCCGAUUUGUACCUUAGAACAAUAACAUCAGAAAGUACAACUGCUUCUACAACAACGCUAUCAACUGCAGAGCCCUUCUGUGCCCAGUUCUUCGGAUCUGGUACAGUUAGCUCCAACUGUGGUGGAAUGUCUUCACAGAGUCUUUGGUGGUUCAAACAGGAGUGCAUUGAAGUUGUUACCAACACUGGAAACUUCAGUUUAGGUAUCGUCCCAAUGGCAAGUUUCAUAGCUACAUGCACUGCAACUGGUGGAUCUGCGACCAACCUGUACAGUGUCAUCGACUCCUUAACCAAUGUAAAUAUCCCAAGCUGGAUAACAGACGAGUAUAGGACAUGCUACUUUGGCGUCUACACCAAUGGUACCUGCAAAUGUAACUAUGGAUUUUAUGGAUCUCAGUGUGACAACACUUGCCCCAAUGGCUUCAUCAAUCCUUGCAACGGUUAUGGUUCCUGUGACACCAGUGGAACCUGCCAAUGCGCUGGGCAUUUUACUGGAGCAACUUGUGACAGUUGUGCAACCGGAUGGAGCGGAGACGAAUGUAUCAUACUCUCAACUGGACAAACCACCAGUCAGGCAACGCUGGUAGCACAGGGAACAACACUCGGCCAGGUUGUGACUUUGGAUGGAAUAGCAUUUGACGUUACCAGCAUAGGAAUCUAUAACUUGCUCACUGAUGCAGCUGUAGCAAAAGCUUUUUACGGUUAUUUCGCGCAGUGCGAUUCAUCGGUUUCCGGAAGUGGCUUUUUAUGCAUGAAUGGAAUGGUGAUAGAACAUGCAUCAGUCUAUUAUGGAAUUAAGACAGAUAGUUUCCAAACCACACAAUUGGUUGUAUACACCAAUAGCCUGCCAAUCAAUGUGUACACUUCCCAGACAAUCGGCACGAUGACCAUAACCUUUGUUACCUCUACUCGAGCUGAAAUCACGUUCACCGACUCUGAAAUCAGCGCAAAGGUGUCCCUGAUCAGUGGCCGUCUUUUAACAACAAUAUCUGUUGAACAACAGACUUGGGUGUUACAUUCAAACGACCUGAGCGGACUUCUGUCAUCAUGCAAUACCACUGAAUCAAUCCUACUGGGUACAUGUGGGGUGACCAGAUCUCAGAUAUGCAGUGGCACUGCCGGGUUUACAUCAGCCUCCGGAUGUGCUUCUUCACUUACCAUGGCAGCUUUAUCCACUUUUGCUAAAACAUUCACCACUAAUGACACCACAAUCGUUAGUAUGAUGAGCAGUACAUCUAUUCCCACUGAUUCCAACUGUCUUCUCUAUAGUGGGAGUGGCAAUAGUGUAGAAGGUCUGUUGUUACCUGCAACCUACAUGACUCUUGAGUUGUAUGUAAAACCUACAGCAGUUGGCGGCAUCAUUUUUGCCUAUGGAGUGAAUGGGAACACUUUCCUUUUGGCAGACACCAGUGCUGGACUACAGAUACAAGUUCAGAGUACAGUGUAUCCGACAACACUGAAUCUAGUGCUUAAUGUCUGGAACCAAAUCAGCUUGGCAUAUAGACCAAAUGUUGGACUUCUAGAAGUCUAUGUUAUUGACAAUGCUGGUGUAUCCAACGUGAAGGCAGUGCCUGUCGAUUCAGCUGUUCUGGCAUCCGGAGGAACACUGACAUUCGGUCAGUUAGGCACUGGUAUGUCUUCUACACUCGCGGGGUCAUACACUGGAUAUAUUGACGAAGUGCGGAUAUGGGAACGAGUUCAUAACCCUACAGUGGUAGCCAAUAACCCGAAACUGACAGUUUCAACAAAAACACCAGACCUCUACCACGCGUGGUCAUUCAAUGACGGAACAGGUAUCAAAGCAACCGAACUGAAGCAGAACCAACACAUAUAUGCUCUAGAUAUUGCAAAUCCGCCGGUGUGGGUCGAAUCGGAUCUGGAUUUAACCGAGGAUCCUGCUAUCUCACUACCAGACUACACAACAACUUCACCCCAGUCUGUUGUAUCUACAACCAUCUGUAAUACGCUAAUACAAAGUACAGAAAUGACAACUGCGUGCACAGGACUCGCUGAUUUACAGACUUCUGCCCUCCAACAGUGUGAAGCACUCGUGACAGCCACUGGAGAUCAGACUGCUGCUGAAACAGUUGCGCUUAAUACUGCCGAAUUGUGCCAGGCAACCAACAAUUUGACUCAGUCUCCUGUAGAAACACUGUGUACUUCUUUCAGCAGUAAUACCAACUAUCUUUUAUCCUAUGGGGGUGGAUGUUCUUCACAAUGUGUCUUUGGAUCAACCAGCACUGGAUCCUGUGUAUGUGAUUCGAGCCAUUAUGGUGCUAGCUGUGCUAGCACAUGCCCUCUUGGAAAUUCUGGAGCUUGCAAUGGACAAGGUACAUGCGAGUCAAGCGGCAGUUGUUCAUGCACCUAUCGCUUCUACGGAAACACUGUCAGGACUUCGGCUUACUGGGAUGGACAGAAUACCAAUGUUCCUGUGUCAGGAACUUCUGCAUCAUGUUCACAAUGUUCCAAUGGAUGGGCCGGGAAGGAAUGCACGCUUGCAAUAGAAGCUGCCAGUGCAACCGCUUCAAACCGUAUUGGAUUUAUAUAUGGACCUUAUGUAACAACUCUCGACGGCGCCUCAUACCAAAUCAACUCGGUAGGAGUCUACAAGGCUCUGACUUUGGCCGGAGUAGACGUACAGAUUCUUUUUACUCCAUGUCCAGGAGACAUCAAUUGCAGAGAAGUGAAAGAAAUUGCAUUUGGAAGCUCGGUCAGUAUCACAAUCAACAAUGGCACAAUGGAACCAACAAUAGCAGGUGCCUUGCAGGUUUUCCCUGUUACAACCGAACAUGGAAGCGUUACACUGAAAUGGAUCAAGGAGCCUUAUAUCAGAAUAUCUGUUGGAAGUAGUAGUGCUGUUGUCUCUUACAGCAGCAUGGGUCUCAUCUGUAGAUUCAAAGUAGUUUCGUCAGACGCAAGCACAAAUACAGGGCUUUUAGGCAACAGUGAUGGUUCUUGGUGGAAAGAUUUCCUAUCUAGUACUGAUAGUUCCAUAACAAACACCACGGUAGCAGAAGACCUUCUGACCAAAACGUAUGUCGGGACAGUAUUUCAAACGAAAGCAGGAGAACAAACAUUCACUCCAACCGUUCUUGAUCCAGCAUAUGAGGCUAAUAUUACAACAGCAGGAUAUGUCAUGCAUGUUACUGAUCAGACAAUUGCAUUUACGUCUGUCCACACGACCGCAGAUAUCACUUCACUUACAAUUAGCUUCUGGCUUCGUGUCGAAUCACAUUCGUCUAACAGUCACAGCGUGAUAGUGUGUAACACUGGAACUCACAAUCUGGAAAUAGUGAUGUUGAACGGUAACCUCCGGGUGAUAUGGCAGAACACGUCUAUCGCCGACUCCAUAACAUUGACUACGAACACAUGGACGUACGUCGCAUUGGCCUGGCAGUCCUCGGACGGAAGUCUAAUGGUGUACUCGAUUUGCAACAAUGCACUGCAAUAUAAAGCAUUCAGUAAUGUUCAACUUGGAAAUAGCAUCAACAUGGACAGCAUAUCAAUCAUAGGAAAUUCCGCGUCAUUCGUAGACGUUGAAAAUUUGAAAAUGUGGAAUAAGGUAAAAACAAUUCAAGAACUUAUAUUGGACAUGGAGAAAUACCAGAGCUCAGACAUUGAUAUGAAUGGGUUGUUGAUCCUGGCACAGUUUGAUGAAGGUACUGGAGCUACCACAGCUUUGUCUUACUAUCCUACGGCAGGAACGUCAAACGUUGUUUCCGGAUCGAUAUCCGGCGGCUCAACAAGCACUGUGUGGAUGGCAUCAUCGGCUCCUAUUCCUAGUUUUUAUCCGGCCCUUGACAUACAAUCAAGUAUCCAAAGAAAUGAUACGUUGAGUACUUGUUUAUCAGCAUUAUCCGACCCUCUUUUUUCACAACAUUGCUCUGGUGUCGACAACCUGAAGGAUUUCCUGUUGGAAGUCUGUAUCACUGAAUACGAAAAACUCGGUAAUUUAACAACAAAUGAAACUAUCCUGUACAAUAUGAUCUUUUACUGUCAGGGAACUUUUGACGUGGAUGAAUGUGAACUUGACGGCUAUUUCGACUUCUGUACCGAUGAAGAAUCUCCUGAUGAUGGAGCUGGUAUGAUCAUCAUCAUCAUUGCAGGAGUCGGCGGGUUUUGCCUUAUCCUCUUUAUCAUUAUAAUAAUUUGCUGUAUCAAGAAGAAAAAGAAAAAGAAGGCGGUCAAAGACAUGUCGGAGGAAGAUUAUGAAAAUGAAGGGUUUGACACGUCAUCUGAUUACAUAGGAAUAGGAGGCAUAUCUUCCACUGCCAACUUCUUCCCUAGCCAGCCACCAUUAAGAACUGAUCGACGUUUCAGUAGGCAGCACUCUAUGACAUCUAUAUCAACUGCUGCCUCUGCUUCGUCUAUCGUGUUUGGCGAACAAUUUGGACAGUUAGAUUAUGAUGGCAGACCGCCAUCAGGACUUAGCGAUUUGUUCCGUCCAGACCCGCGAAAGAGUUCAUUCUCUCCUACUCCAUCAUUUGAUGGAAGACGUGGUUCCUCAAUUACCGUUGCUAGUGCUGAUAACUCGUCUGGGAUGCAAACAAGCUCUUUCAUUUUGCCCAAGCCACCAAAGAAAUCCUCUGCUAUCCGUCCAGAGAGAAGUAAUAAAAGCGGGAGACCGUCAAAUAGUCGUCCUAGCUCAACAGCGAAAACGCCUGAUCCUAAAAUUCUGCCUGAGGAUCUUCUAGAAAGUAUGGCUUCUCCAGGUAGUCCACCGCCUAUCCCAGAGACUCCAGAUUUAAUGUCAUUCCCGGAGGAUGGCAUGGAGACGCCAACUCCAUUUGUAAGAGGGCCUCCUGGAGAAUUUAUGAUGAGUGCAGAAAAAGACCCAUUCGAAAGUAUUUCUGAAAAUCCAAUGCUAGCUAUGCAACAACGAAAAUUCCAAGACGAUGACAAGAACGUACCAGCUAUGUCGACUUUAUUUUCUAAGAAACCAAAUGUCCCUGUCAAUCGCUUGCCGAAAUCAAACGCACCAAAACCAACUUUUAACAAAUCUGUCAGUAAUGUCAGUAGCUCGAGUAAAAAGGAAGCACCUACACCAAAGCGUCAAGCAACACCAAAAAGCGUAGCAUCUCCAAAAAAUGAAGCAACACCAAAAAGUGUAACAUCUCCAAAAAAUGAAGCAACGCCAAACAGUCAGGCAACACCAAAAAGUGCUGCAACACCAAAAAAUGAAGCAACACCAAAAAGUGUAACAUCUCCAAAAAAUGAAGCAACGCCAAACAGUCAGGCAACACCAAAAAGUGCUGCAACACCAAAAAGCCAAGCUACACCAAAAAGCCAGGCAACUCCAAACAAUGGCGUAACCCCGAAGAGCGAGGCAACCCCUAAAGCUAACGUGAACUCACCAUCAGCUAAACCAAUGAUUGCUAACACAGCUGCACUUCCAAAAGACUUUUUUGGAAGCUCAGAAGCCCCAUCAGCACCAAGACCUCCACCUCCAACAGAACCGGAAGUUGAUUAUUCUGAUGAGGAUUCAGAGCCAAUAAGUCCAGGAAGUCGACGCCCAAGUCAUUUUCUUAGUGGACCAGAACCUACCAAUCUGGAUAGAUUCUCUGUGAAUCCCUUUUCAUCAAAGUAA